GACAGGCUGGAGGAUGGAUGCCCAGGGUCGCCUGGCAUUGGAGAUUUCCAGCAGGGACCCCCAAGAUGACUAUGAGCUACUCCAGCGCCUGGGAAAUGGCAGCUAUGGGGAGGUUUACAAGGUAAGCUUGGGGUAGUGCGAUUCAGAGGAGGAAUUACUGUGUCAACCAUGGAAAUGGUUAACUUUGGAGUAAGACUGAAGCAUCAAUGACUGACACUCAGUGAGCAAGUUUGACACUCCCUGAACACGUUUGCCACUCUGUGUGCAAGGUUGACACUCUGUGAGUAAAGCUGACACUCACUGAACACGUUUGCCACUCAGUAAGGUUGACACUCUGUGAGCAAGGUUGACACUCAAUUAACAGAAGUAUCUUCCAGUAACAUAAAUUCCAACAGAGCAUGUGGUGUGUACGAGUGUACACUCACUGCAUAUUGGUAAGCAUGUAUCAGACACUUCAUAUCAGUAUUCUCUCACAUCAUAUUAGUAUAAGUAUACUAUUCAAUGAAUGUGAGUAGGAGUGUGCACUCACUCCAUGUUAGUAUGCUUGUAUUGUCCAUAAAGCUGCAAGUGAUACGUUUGUCUGAAUGAUGUCACGGCAUCAUGACAUCAUAACCUCUCUAUUCUGCCCCAUCUAUCACCUGGCCUCUCUGUCCCUUAUGCUUCUUACCAAAUAAUAUCAUGUCCUCCAUGCUCUCUGUCCUCAUGUUUCAUAUUCUCUGCUGUAUAGAUUCUCUGAUGGAUUCCUUAUGUUCCAUGUUCUGUUGACCCUCUGAUGGCCCACCCGUGAGACAUGCCACACUGAUCUUCUGAUAAUCUCCCCCAUGCCAUAUCAACAUUCUGAUGGUCCUCCCAUGCCAUAUCAACAUUUUUAUUUCCCUCCCCCCCCAUGCCAAAACGAUCUUCUGGUGGUCCCCUGUAUGCUCCAUGCGAUGUUGAUCCUCUGAUGGUCUCCUCAUGGUCCCUGCCCUAUUGAUCCCCUGAUGGUACCUGAUGCUUCUUGCCCUAUUGAUCCCCUCAUGGUCUAUGCCUUAUUAAUCCCCUGAUGGUCCCCUCAUGUACCUUGCCCUAUGUAUCCCUUCAUGGCAACCCUCAUGCUUCCUACAAUUUUGAUCCUCUGAUCGUCCCUUCAUGCUCCCUGCCCUACUGAUCCUCUGAUGGUGCCUUAAUUCUCCCUGCCCUACUGAUCCUCUGGUGCCCUCAUGUUCCCUGCCCUACUGAUCCUGUGAUGGUCCCCUCAUGCUCCCUGCCCUACUGAUCCUCUGGUGCCCUCAUGCUCCCUGCCCUACUGAUCCUCUGAUGGUCCCCUCAUGCUCCCUGCCCUACUGAUCCUCUGAUGGUCCCCUCAUGCUCCCUGCCCUACUUAUCCUCUGAUGGUCCCCUCAUGCUCCCUGCCCUACUGAUCCUGUGAUGGUCCCCUCAUGCUCCCUGCCCUACUGAUCCUCUGAUGGUGCCUUAAUUAACAGUAUUAAGAUGUACAGAAAUGUUGUUGUAGGUAUCAUGUGUAGGAUUGUGUUGGUGUGUUGAGAGAUGUGGUUAGGGAGGAAGUGUCAUGGUUGGUAGCCCAGGAUCUUGCACUGAGCCUAUGUAUGUACAGUAAUGAACUUACAGUAUUACAAAAUGUAACACAUUAAAGCUUUUUGUGUAUUCUAUUACUUUGUAACCUACCUGGGGCCUAUUUGCUGGUCUGGCUAUGUGAUAGCUAAUUAGCCAACAGUGCAGAGAGGAUCUGACUAUAAUACGGGCCGUUGGACAGAGUCACUGGUUCUAAUAGGAGGGCGUUUGAUUGUCGAUGAUACUUACAGGGUAGACAAGAAAAAUUGUUGGCUAUGCCCUAUCUAAUUAUCAGGAAACAAGACAGUGAGUGGAUUUCAGUCAUUGGAGUGGCAGAGUUAGAUGCUUACUGGUAUUUAGAGUGGCAGGGCGUGUACUGAUUUUAGAGUGGCAAGGCUAGGUGGAUACUGAUUCUUAGUGCCAAGGCUAGGUGGAUACUGAUUCAUAGUGGCAAGGCUAGGCGGUUACUGGUUUUUAGAGUGGCAUGGCAAGGUGGGUACUGAUUCUUAGUGGCAAGGCUAGGCGGUUACUGAUUCUGAGAAUGGCAAGGCUAGGCGGUUACUGAUUCUUAGUGGCAAGGCUAGGCGGUUACUGAUUCUUAGUGGCAAGGCUAAGCGGGUACUGAUUCUUAGUGGCAAGGCUAGGAGGAUACUGAUUCUUAGUGGCCAAGCUAGGCAGUUACUGAUUUUUAGAGUAGCAAGGCAAGGUGGGUACUGAUUCUAAGUGGCAUGGCUAGGUUGGUACUCAUUCUUAGAGUGGCAUGGCUAGGCAGGUACUGAUUUUUAGAGUGGCAAGGGUAGGUGGAUACUGAUCCUUAGAAUGGAAAGGCUAGACGGUACUGAUUUUUAGAGUGGCAACAGUAGGUGGGUACUGAUUUUUGAAGUGGUAUGGCUUGAUGGAUGCCAGUCCUUAGAGAGGCCGACCUAAAUGCUUAGUAGUCCUUAGAGUGAUCCUCAGACUGGCCAGUCCUUGCAGGCCAGCCUGAGAGCUUACCGGUCAUGGCUAGACAGGCCACAAAAAAAGGUGAAAAGGACAGAGAAAGGGUUUAUAAAGAGAGUUUGUGCAUGGUUAGUGAGGGUUUUGGAAAAGAUAAAUUGGUUUUAGUUUGAGCUGAGGCGCUAACAUUGUCUAUGAACAGGUAGAAAUUCUACCCAGUAUUUGUUUGCUAUGUACUGUGAGCACCAUUGCUUUAAAUUGUUAAAAAUAAAGUGAUUGUGGUUGAAGGUUAAAGCCUGGACAUUUUGUCUUAACAGACUAGAACAAUGUAUAACCCUUCCAUAUUUGAAGCGCAGGGCUAACGUUUUCGUUUUAUCUGGUGGUAAUCAGUCUGUUUGUAAUUAUUCUGAAUAGGACCAUUUAUUGCCCACUGUAACUAUACAAAGCUAACCCUAACACGUCUAAACUGGCUCCUCUAACGCCAUAUUUCUCUUCUCUUCGUUAAAAUAUAUAAACAUUUAUUGGUCACUGUGCAUAAAGCGAAAACAAUUGUUGGAUACACAAGCAUACACAGUGAAACCAUUUUCCAUAAAUUACAUUUGGAAUCAGACUGCCACGCAGGACUGAGUGAGCAUAUGACAUGAAGGUAAACAAAGACGCUAAGGUCCACAAUCCAAGUACAUAGCAUAUUGUGAAAAUUAAGCACUCUUCUACAACCUAAAGUGGUGCCACGUUCCUGUAAUCCAUUCCUUUAAGGGUGUAGCAAGGUACUCUUAACCAUACCUCUGUCGGACUAAUCCCCUAACCAUUAGGUUAACCCUAUCAGGUUAAGAAUUGGAGUAUUGGAAUAUAAAGAACUCCUCUGUACUUUCCUGGAAGGGGAGUGCUCGCGACCCACGACCACUUUCCCCACUGUGCCGUCAGUCCCGUAUAUCAGCAGAGCCUGAAAAUCAGCGACCGUCAACCAAUGAGUCCAAAUGUCUACAUAAGAUUUGGUGUGCCCGUGGGCCAUAAAUGUCAGUUCUUCAAGCCGUCUCAGUUCUUCCAUUUUUUCGAACCACAGUGUCAGUGGAGGGGGGUGUCUCCUUUUUCCAGUAGAGGGGGACUAAUUGUUCGAAUGCACAUUGAUUUCUUGUAUCUACCUGUUAUGAGUAAAAAUAGUUUGACAUCAGAAGUUGGAAAACAAAUAAAUCCAACUCAGUUUGGCCUAUUUUAGCCACAACUCUGCAAUUCUGUUAUCAAUUCACUAUAAUUUGAGGUUCAUUCAUGCUCAGGUGACGAUUGUGAUGCCCUGAUGGUGCGCACGUUUUCUGUGUGGUUUUGUGGCAUGGGAAGCGUACAAGCUUACAUUACAGAAAUUACAAACUGUUCUAACCUAUUGUGUGCAGUAAUAUAUGGGAUUCCUAUUGUCUAUUUCACCGCUGGAAGUGGACGCCGAAGGGGAAGAUAAAUUGGACUUUUUUUGUCAAGCAUGUUAUUUGCUUUUUUUGCAAAAUCCAUUUUUAAAACUUUUUGGACAAUUUUUUAAAUUUAUAAGUGGGGUCAUAAAGCCAGAGGUUCUCUUCAAGUUUUCCAAGUUGCAAUAUUUUUACAGGAGAGUUAUGAAAUGAACAUUCUGAUGGCCAUCAAACAUGUCAUCAAUCAUAAUUCAUUCCUAAUACUUAAAUGAUACCUACUUUAAUCACACCUAAAUGAAUGAAUCCCAUUCCAUCGCACCUAGAGCAGGGAUUCCUAACUCCGUCGCACCUAGAGCAGGGAUUCCUAACGCUGUCGCACCUAGAGCAGGGAUUCCUAACGCUGUCGCACCUAGAGAAGGGAUUCCUAAUGCCGUCGCACCUAGAGCAGGGAUUCUUAACGCCAUCGCACCUAGAGCAGGGAUUCCUAACUCCAUCGCACCUAGAGCACGGAUUCCUAACGCCAUCGCACCUAGAGCAGGGAUUCCUAACGCCGUCGCACCUAGAGCAGGGAUUCCUAACGCCGUCGCACCUAGAGCAGGGAUUCCUAACGCCAUCGCACCUAGAGCAGGGAUUCCUAACGCCAUCGCACCUAGAGCAGGGAUUCCUAACGCCGUCGCACCUAGAGCAGGGAUUCCUAAUGCCAUCGCACCUAGAGCAGGGAUUCUUAACGCCAUCGCACCUAGAGCAGGGAUUCCUAACUCCAUCGCACCUAGAGCACGGAUUCCUAAUGCCGUCGCACCUAGAGCAGGGAUUCCUAAUGCCGUCGCACCUAGAGCAGGGAUUCCUAACUCCAUCGCACCUAGAGCAGGGAUUCCUAACGCUGUCGCACCUAGAGCAGGGAUUCCUAAUGCCGUCGCACCUAGAGCAGGGAUUCCUAACUCCAUCGCACCUAGAGCAGGGAUUCCUAACACUGUCGCACCUAGAGCAGGGAUUCCUAACGCUGUCGCACCUAGAGCAGGGAUUCCUAACUCCGUCGCACCUAGAGCAGGGAUUCCUAACUCCGUCGCACCUAGAGCAGGGAUUCCUAAUGCCAUCGCACCUAGAGCAGGGAUUCUUAAUGCCAUCGCACCUAGAGCAGGGAUUCCUAACUCCAUCGCACCUAGAGCAGGGAUUCCUAACUCAAUUACAAAUUAAAUUAAAUGUACCUAAGUCAAGCAUCUCUUACUUGAUCAUCCUAGCUCAGUCCCUACUUAACCCAAUAUCACCUACUACAAACACUGCACUCAAUCAUUCCAGAGAUUAUUAUUAAAGUAUCCUACCAUGGUUCAUAGAGUAUUAGAUAUCCCUUUCAUUAUCACAGAUUAUUAGAUUAGAGAUCCCUAUAAUUAUCACAUAUUAGAGAUCCAUAUCAUUAUCACAGAUUAUUAGAUUAGGUUUCCUUUAAAAAUAUCACAGAUUAUUAGAGAUAAGGAAUAUAGAUUCCUGUAAUUGCUGUCAGAUACGAUUAGAGAAUUAGAUAUUAAUAUUAUUGUUAUUAGAUAUUAUAUUACAUUAUUAGAGCUCCCUAUUAUUAUUAGAAAAAACUAUAUCGGAUAUUAUAAAAGAUCUCUAUCUCAAGCAUAUCCACCCAUCCCCUGUACUACCCCUCCAACCCUUGGUCUCCCUGCCCCCCAUCCUCUGGUCUACCUGCCCCCCCCCAUCCUCUGGUCUCCCUGUGUUCCCCCCAUUCUCUAUCCUCUGUAUCAUCCCUUGGUCCCCCGUGUUUCUCUGAUCUGUCUGUCCACAUAACAUGUUCUAUGGCUUACUCAGGCUGACUUCCUGUGGUUCAGCAUCUAACAGGUGCACUCAGCAUCCUCUGUGCUUCCUGUAACAGUCUUUGCUUCUUCCUAUCAGCAAGUAACUGCUUCACUGCCAGAGACUGCAUUCAGCCUGCACCCUGCACUCUCCACUCACCCUUCACUCUCCACUCACCCUGCACUCUCCACUCACAUUGCACUCUCCACUCACCCUGCACUCUCCCUGCAGCAUGCACUCUCUCUGUACUCACAUUGCACUCACCCUGCACCCACCUUGCAUUCUCCCUGCACCCUGCACUCACCUUGCAUUAUCCCUUCAUGCACCCUGCACUCUCCAUUCACUUACCCUGCACUCACCUUGCACCCUGAACUCUCCAUUCACUUACCUUGCACUCUGCACUCUCCAUUCACUUACCCUGCACUCACCAUUCACACACCCUGCACCCUGCACUCACAAUUCACUCACAGUGCACUCUACCCUCACCCUACAUUCAACUAGCAAUCGGCUCAUACUGUGCACUCUGCUUUCACCCUCCACUCUGCUCUUACUCUACAUUUAACCAUUUUCUGCUCUAUCCCCAGCCCAUUAACUUGUGUCCUCUGUAAUGGACAUUUCGUUCACAUGCAUCUCCUUUUAUUCUAUUGAGCUUCUGUAUUAAUCCCUGCUGUAUUGUAAAGAGGACAUCCUGGGCUUUCCAGUGGUAUGUCAUUUGAUAGGCUGGGAACUUACUUUCCAUCAAAAAUUCCAAGGAGGCUAUAGAACUAAACACAAUACUCUAGGUGAAAUCUUACCUGGAUCUAUAAAGUACUAUCACUACCUCUCUAUGUCCUCCUGGGAUCUGCUCUAUAGAACUGAACACAAUACUCUAGGUGAGAUCUUACCGGGGAUCUAUAAAGUACUAUCACUACCUCUCUAUGUCCUGGGAUCUGCUCUAUAGAACUGAACACAAUACUCUAGGUGAGAUCUUACCAGGGAUCUAUAAAGUACUAUCACUACCUCUCUUUGUCCUCCUGGGAUCUGCUCUAUAGAACUGAACACAAUACUCUAGGUGAGAUCUUACUGGGGAUCUAUAAAGUACUAUCACUACCUCUCUUUGUCCUCCUGGGAUCUGCUCUAUAGAACUGAACACAAUACUCUAGGUGAGGUCUUACCAGGGAUCUAUAAAGUACUAUCACUACCUCUCUAUGUCCUGGGAUCUGCUCUAUAGAACUGAACACAAUACUCUAGGUGAGAUCUUACCAGGGAUCUAUAAAGUACUAUCACUACCUCUCUAUGUCCUGGGAUCUGCUCUAUAGAACUGAACACAAUACUCUAGGUGAGGUCUUACCGGGAUCUAUAAAGUACUAUCACUACCUCUCUAUGUCCUCCUGGUAUCUGCUCUAUAGAACUGAACACAAUACUCUAGGUGAGAUCCUACCGGGGAUCUAUAAAGUACUAUCACUACCUCUCUAUGUCCUGGGAUCUGCUCUAUAGAACUGAACACAAUACUCUAGGUGAGGUCUUACCGGGAUCUAUAAAGUACUAUCACUACCUCUCUAUGUCCUCCUGGGAUCUGCUCUAUAGAACUGCACACAAUACUCUAGGUGAGAUCUUACCGAGAUCUAUAAAGUACUAUCACUACCUCUCUAUGUCCUGGGAUCUGCUCUAUAGAACUGAACACAAUACUCUAGGUGAGAUCUUACCGGGGAUCUAUAAAGUACUAUCACUACCUCUCUAUGUCCACCUGGGAUCUGCUCUAUAGAACUGAACACAAUACUCUAGGUGAGAUCUUACCAGGGAUCUAUAAAGUACUAUCACUACCUCUCUAUGUCCUGGGAUCUGCUCUAUAGAACUGGACACAAUACUCUAGGUGAGAUCUUACCGGGGAUCUAUAAAGUACUAUCACUAUCUCUCGAUGUCCUCCUAAGAACUGCUUUAUAGAACUGAACACAAUACUCUAGGUGAGAUCUUACCGGGAUCUAUAAAGUACUAUCACUACCUCUCUAUGUCCUGGGAUCUGCUCUAUAGAACUGAAUACAAUACUCUAGGUGAGAUCUUACCGGGGAUCUAUGAAGUACUAUCACUACCUCUCUAUGUCCUCCUGGUAUCUGCUCUAUAGAACUGCACACAAUACUCUAGGUGAGAUCUUACCGAGAUCUAUAAAGUACUAUCACUACCUCUCUAUGUCCUGGGAUCUGCUCUAUAGAACUGAACACAAUACUCUAGGUGAGAUCUUACCGGGGAUCUAUAAAGUACUAUCACUACCUCUCUAUGUCCAGGGAUCUGCUCUAUAGAACUGAACACAAUACUCUAGGUGAGAUCUUACCGGGAUCUAUAAAGUACUAUCACUACCUCUCUAUGUCCUGGGAUCUGCUCUAUAGAACUGGACACAAUACUCUAGGUGAGAUCUUACCACGAUCUAUAAAGUACUAUCACUACCUCUCUAUGUCCUCCUGGGAUCUGCUCUAUAGAACUGAACACAAUACUCUAGGUGAGAUCUUACCAGGGAUCUAUAAAGUACUAUCACUACCUCUCUAUGUCCUGGGAUCUGCUCUAUAGAACUGGACACAAUACUCUAGGUGAGAUCUUACCAGGGAUCUAUAAAGUACUAUCACUACCUCUCUAUGUCCUGGGAUCUGCUCUAUAGAACUGGACACAAUACUCUAGGUGAGAUCUAUAAAGUACUAUCACUACUUCUCUAUAUCCUCCUGGGAUCUGCUCUAUAGAAAACAGAAUAUUCAAGGAUAUAAUCUUUCAAUGUAGGGUAAUAACUGCUUGAUCCAAGGAUAAAUCUGAAUGCCAUUCUGGGGUCAAGAAGGAAUUUCUUUCCUAGUUGGUUGCAAAAUUGGAAGUGCUUCAAACUGUGUUUUUUGCCUUCUUUUGGAUCAACAGCAAAAAACAAAUGUGCGGAAGGCUGAACUUGAUGGACGCAAGUCUCUUUUCAGCCAAUUAACAGCUAUGUAACUAUGUGAAAUCUUACCGGGGAUCUAUAAAGUACUAUCACUACCUCUCUAUCAGUGGCGGAUCCAGGGGGGGCAACGGGGCAAUUGCCCCUCCCCCCGAGAUUCUCCCCUGCCGGCUAAUGCAGGGCUGGCAUUGUCCAAGUGCCAGCCCUGCAAUGUGCCUACGGACCGGGGCGGUUACCAUGGCAACGCUCCAAAUCUCGCGUGCGUGAACUCUAGCCUUGGAGCGUGGGCUAGAGUUCACUCCUACCACUGGAACCACCAGGGAAUCUCCAAAGGAACCACCAGGGAUCCAGAAAUGUCCCCCUCCUCCCAGUAAAGGUAAGAAGGGAGGGGGGACAUAAAUAUAUGAAUUUUAUUAAAUAAAAAUUAAAAAAAAUAUUAAAAAGCCUCCCUACCCCCCUUCCACCCCCAUACACACACUGCACACCGAUAGACACAUUCCCCCCCCACACACUGCCCCACAUACACACGUUGCCCCAUACACACACUGACCCACACACACUGACCCAAAAACAAAUACACUGGCCCCCUCACACACACUGCACCGCUCACACACACACACACACACACACACACACACACUGCAGCUCUCUCACACACACUGCCCCACACAUACACUGCCCCUUAGACAUACACUGCCGCCCUCACGCACAAACUUCACCGCUCACACACACUGCACCUUUCAUACACACUUCACCCUUAACACAUACCACUGCUCCUAUGCCCUAUAACCCAGCAGACCCCAGGUAAGUUGUCAAACUGUUCUCAAACGGUUUGACUACUUACUCUGGGAUGGGAUCCUGGCACUACUGGCACCAUAACUACUACACUGAGCUGUAGUGGUUAUUGUGCCUGGAUUAUUUCUUUAAAUAAUCUACAAGUGCCCCUCCCGAGAUCAGGCUCCGGAUCCGCCACUGCUCUCUAUGUCCUUAUGGCAUCUGCUCUAUAGAACUGAACACAAUACUCUAGGUGAGAUCUUACCGGGGAUCUAUAAAGUACUAUCACUACCUCUCUAUGUCCUCCUGGGAUCUGCUCUAUAGAACUGAACACAAUACUCUACAUGAGAUCUUACCAGGGAUCUAUAAAAUGCUAUCACUACCUCUCUAUGUCCUUCUGGGAUCUGCUCUAUAGAACUGAACACAAUACUCUAGGUGAGAUCUUACCAGGGACCUAUAAAGUACUAUCAUUACCUCUCUAUGUCCACCUGGGAUCUGCUCUAUAGAACUGCACACAAUACUCUAGGUGAGAUCUUACCGGGGAUCUGUAAAGUACUAUCACUACAUCUCUAUGUCCUGGGAUCUGCUCUAUAGAACUAAACACAAUACUCUAGGUGAGAUCUUACCGGGGAUCUAUAAAGUACUAUCACUACCUCUCUAUAUUCUGGGAUCCGCUCUAUAGAACGGAACACAAUACUCUAUGUGGGUUCUACAAAACACUCAUUGUCUUGUUAUUGGUAUAUAUUGUGCAGAGAUACAAUUUGUGCUCUUCAGACCGUGUUGCAGAUCUGAAUUUCUCCACCCAGCAGGAGACCCUCAGACGUUUGGGCUUCCCCUGCUGUGGUAUGUGGGGGCGAACCUGUUCCUUUUUACUGGUCUGUUUAUUCUGCAAAUGUGCACACACAUGACAUUUAAGAGGAACAUUGCUCUACGUGUGAAGUUACAAUGUAGAACAUAUUAUUUUUAUUUUAUUUUUCACCUCUCCAAUGUAGAGAGUGGGUAAUAAUUUUUUAUUCUUCUUAAAGACAGUUUUUUUAUUGUGAAUGCAAGAUAUAAUUGACAUGUCAUGCACAGUUUCAUCAAUAAUAAAGGAAAUAGAGUAGAACAACAAUGUUGAUCGAACAUAUGAAAUAUUUUGCAUUUUCAACAGUAAAACAGGGCAAAUAAAUCAAAGCAAAGAGGAAAACAAGAAAGCUAUCCUAACUGUCCAGUCCAACUAAGUAAUGCUCAGUCCAGAUAGCCACAACAGUGCCCAGAACCUCAGAUUAGAGAUUAGGGCUUUAGAGUUAUUCUAUCACUUAGUAAGAUUUCAGUCACUGCUAUUAACGCCCUUGAAGAAGGUGGUAGGGAGUGGGCAUGCUUCUUGCAGGUUAGAAGUUAGGAAUGAACUCUCGUCCCCAAGAGUAGCAGUCUGUACCAUCAUCUACUAUUUAAGGCUGGCAAGCAAUGCAACAGUAUAACACAUUGCGGCCACAUGGACACCACCAAACCUGCGUCCGGUGUCAUGGCACACAACCAGGAUCGGAUUAAUAUAACCAUAUCCUGAGGGAGUAAGUGGGUUAUAAUAACAAUCUGAUAUUCAUGAGAUAUUCUUAAUAGAUAAAGAAGAACUCACUGGGAAGCAGCAGUACUGAGUAAUUUAGUGAAAGUUAAAGGGACACCAGUCACCAAAACAACUUUAGCUUAAUGAAGCAGUUUUGGUGUAUAGAUCAUGCCCCUGCAGUCUCACUUUGUAUAACGCUAGUCACACCUCCCUGCAGGCGACUUGCACAGCCUUCCUAAACACUUCAUGUAAAGAGUCAUCUAAUGUUUACACUUCCUUUAUUGCAAAUUCUUUUUAAUAUAGAAUUUAUCUCCUGCUCUGUUAAUAGCUUGAAUGCGCAUAGUCGUCUCUCGGCAUAUGCUACAAAUGAUCUGAAUUUACUCCUUUCCCAGAAAGACACAGGCACUAAAUUAAAGUGGGUAAAUGUCAUGGCUUUAAUAAUUUAUAAAUAUAUAUAUAUUUUUUUAAAUUACUUUAUUUAAGAUACCUUACCAAUGUAUAGUUAUUAAAACUAUUACAUAAAAUAAGCAGCUUUGAGGUCUCUCUCUAUCUUUUUUUAGCUAUAGUAAAACUUCAGGGGUUUAACCUUUAAUUCAUCGUAUGUUCCCCUGUUUCUUCCCUCCCACCCCCUAUCCCAUCCCUAUUCUAAUUAUCCCUAUAAUAACCCUUUUAGUCUCACUUUCCUAUCUUUAUUUGGAGAGAUCAAUUUUUUUUUUUUUUUUUCACAUAUACGCCAGGUAGACCCAUUCAUUCCCUCUUUAUUUAAUUGCUUCUUUUGUCGGACAUGGAAGGCGGGUGUAUGGGAAAACCCCUUGCCACCUCAUUACAUAACCUACUAUUCAUCUCUCUGUCCCCCUCCUUGUUUCAUUACAUUUACCUGGAUGAGGGACCCUCUAUGAUAAUUUUAUUUUAAAAAUUCUGAUUUAUCAAUCCAAGUAUCCCAACAUUCUAUUUGCGUGUAGCAGUUUUCUAAGCUCUCUAAGAUGCCUCUUUGCAUUUUUGCUUGCCACUUAACUUCUCGGGUGGAUUCGAUUUGUAAAUUGUUCCAAUUCCGUGCUAUCAGUAAUUUGGCUGCUGUAAUGAUGUGUAAAAUUAACAUUGAAUCCUUUAUCUUCAUUUUUGACUCAAUUAAAUUUAAUAAAAUUGUUCCCGGACCCAUUGUUAAUUUAUUACCUGUCAUAUAAUCAAUUAAUGUAAUCUUUCCAAUAAGUAUAUAUUGGUUGGCAGUACCACCAUAUGUGUAAUAAGGUGCCAUUAUCAGUGUUACACCACCAGCAUCAAUUAGAUGUAUUUAGAUAUAUUUUAUUUCGAAGAUUCGGUGUCAAGUACCAUCUAUUCAAAAGUUUAAACUGUUAAUCUGUCAAAUUUAAGCAGUGGACGGGUUUAUAUAAUUUAUUAAAAUUACUUUUCCAAACUUCCUUAUCUAUUUGAAUAUGAAGAUCUUUUUUUCCCCACUUUUUCAAUUGCUCCAGAAAGUUUCAUGUCUUAAUUUAUAUAAGACUUUAACAGAUUUAGACAGCAUAUUUUUGAAUAAUCCCGUCUAUUUUACACACUCUAUUCUUAAUCAUAUAAACUGAGACAAACCCUUUAAUUCUAAGAUAGUUAAAGAUAUCAUUUGGUGGGAUACAGAAUUCCUCACCUAUUUGUUGAAAUGGCUUGAUUUUAUAAUCCUCUGUUAUAUCUAUGAUUUUAUUUAUUCCCUUGCUCUUCCUAGAGUUGAUAUUAAUAUCUAGCAUAUCAUUAAUCACUAAGAUUGGUAGUGCAUCUAUUAUUCUAUUCUUUAGUCCGACUUUUUUUCCAAAUAUAUCCCACCAACCUGCUAGAUCUCUAAUUAUAUGUGAUUUGGAUCAUGCCUCAGCUAUAAAGUUUUUAUUGAGAUCUAAAAUCCAGAAUAGAGAGGCUAAAUUCUCUACCUUUGUGCUGUCUUUCUUUAUUGAAUACCAUGUUUCCUUUUCUGCGGAUGUAUUCUGUGAUUAUAUUAAACCGUCUACUGGCCUGGUAAAAUUGACAGAUUUCUGGGUAACUCAAACCUCCAUCUGUCUUAUCCUGGCAAAAAUUUUCACAUUAGUAACCAAUUUUCGGGACAGUGAAGAGGGAUCAUUCUCCAUAAAUAGAGCCAUUUUGGUAAGAAAUAAGCCCUUAGUAUAUUGAUUAUGCCCGACCACGAGAAUCCCAACCCCCUCCAAUCCCGUAAGUUUUUAUUGGUUUGUUUUAAUAAGGGUAAGGAAUUAGCUUCUAUUAACUCUUUUACUUCUGAUGUCCUUUAUCUUCAUUUUUGACUCAAUUAAAUUUAAUAAAAUUGUUCCCGGACCCAUUGUUAAUUUAUUUCCUGUAAUAUAAUCAAUUAAUGUAAUUAAGUAUAUAUUGGUUGGCAGUACCACCAUAUGUGUAAUAAGGUGCCCUUAUCAGUGUUACACCACCAACAUCUAUUAGAUGUAUUUGGAUAUAUUUUAUUUUGAAGAUUCGGUGUCAAGUACCAUCUAUUCGAAAGUUUAAACUGUUAAUCUGUCAAAUUUUUUUACAAAAUUGUCAAACCAUUUUUGUCUUUUGGAAGUCCAACAUUUUUUAUAAGGAGAUUAACUGAUCUCUUACUCAUGUUCUUGGCUAUAAAUACUGAUUUGUCUAAAUUUAUUUUAUAACACGAUACUCUAGUACUUUAUUUAUAUCUUUUAACACUUCUGGAAUAGAGGUCUCUGGCUCUUCAACGAUCAGUAGUAUUGUUAUGGGCAAAUGCAAAUACUACAAGUUUUAGAAUGAAAUGUUGUAUUUACUAAACUGUAUAUGCCAAGGGAGGUCCUAAAAUGAAUAAAGUAAAAAAGUAACUUUUUCAUAUAUGAACUACGGUAACAAUAAAAUGGAGACACCUUAGGUAUACUUUUAAAUGUUAAGGAACAGAGGAGAGACUUGGAGACAGACGCUGCUCCAUCUUAAAAUGACAGAGAGGCUGACAUGAUGACAUGUUCAGAAGGGUGUGUUAACCUAUUAAUGAUAUUUGCAAGCAUUUCAUUUAAUCUUCUAAACUCUGCUAUAAUGGAUUUUAUAUGUAUAUAUUUAUAUUUUUAUAUAAUUGUUAUAUAAUAAAUAUCUAAAAGACAACUACACUUCCAAGACAAUCCUUAUUUUAUAUUGUAUUCUCAAUUAUUUAUAUAUUUUAAAUAGAGGAUCUCUUACACUAACUAUAUCAGAUUAUGGCUAAGAUAUCUGUAUGGUUAGCCCUACUACGUUCUAUGCUUUAAGACAUUAUAAUGAUAAAUAAGGGAACCAGCCGCGGUUACAGUAUACCAUUUGCAUAGAAAUUUCGUUUAACCUGCCCCAACGGAUAUCUUUAGCCUGUAAUUUUUUUUUAUUUCGUCUUAUAGCAAUGGCUAAAGGUUAUAAUACUAAUAUGUAUAACAGUGGGGAGAGGGGGCAUCCCUGCUUUGUCCCGUUGUUAAUGUUAAAAAUUUGAGAGGUAAAUCCAGAUCCUAUGACUUUUGCCUGUGGAGAGUCAUAGAGAGCAGAUACCACUUUUAGAAUUGGACUUGUAAAUCCAAAUUCUUUUAAUGUGACUGACAUAACAGCCCACCCUACCCCAUCAAACGCCUUCUUUCCGUCUAUUGAUAUGAGCAUGAGUGGGAUCCUUUUGGUCUCUGUUGCCGCCAAAAUGUCUUUUACUUUCCGAGUAUUGUUAACUGAUGACCAGCCUGGAAUAAAACCAACCUGAUCGUUGUUAAUGAUAUCUGGUAUGACAGAUUUCAGUCGUUUCGCAAGAAUCAACGAGAAUAUUUUGAUGUCUGUGUUUAUCAAUGAAAUCGGUCUAAAAUUGCUUAAUCAGUUCUGGAUCUUUAUCUGAUUUUGGAAUUGGGACGAUAUUUGCUCUCAAUAACUCUUCAGGGCACCUUCCUGUAUUUUAUAUGUAAUUAGAAACAUGUUUGUGAGUUCGUCUUUUAUUUAAUCGUUCAUAAUAUUAUAAAAAAAAAUUGUAAAGCCAUCUGGGCCCGGGGCAGUUCUUUCUUUAGCUUAUCUAUUGCUUUAAUAACUUCUGUUUCUGGUAUAGGUUGGUUUAUUGUUUCUAAGUGGUCAGGCAGAAUUUCGGGCAUCUUUAUAUUUUCAAAUAAUUUUUUAAUUUCUUCAUCACUACCAAAUAAAAGAAUUUUUCGAAUGCUCCACCUAUUUGUUCUGGGGCCAUAAUGUAUGUAUCUUUAUCCCUAAUUCUAGAUAUCUCUCUUUUAUUCUUUUUCCUUUUUCAACUUACUAGUCAUAAGUGCUUCUGGCUUAUUUCCUUUUUGGUACCAUUUAGAUUGAAAAAAAUUCUAAAGUUUUUGCUAUUUUAUUCGAUAAUUGCAAAUUUAUGUUCUAUUUCUGAUAUUUUCUUUGCUAUUUCAGUAGAAUGUUUUAUUUUAUUAUGUGUCAUUUAGCGCUAUGUAUACCUCUGAAAGUGGCGGGCCUUCUUUCUUUUUCAUUCUGAUUGCCAUCCCCAUAAGGUGGCCUCUGAUUAUGCUUUUGUAAGCACACCAUACUCCAAUAUCUGAUGUCCCAUUAUUUUUGUUUUCCAAGUAAAAUAGUUAUUUUUUUAUCUGUUCAAUAUUAUAGUUUUUAUAUAAUAUAUUAUCGUUCAAUCGCCAAUAGUUACGAAACUUGUCAAAAGCGUCUUUGUAAUCCAGUAUGGUUGGGUUAUGGUCUGACCAUGUUAUAUCCUGUAUUACUAUCUUUUUAACAAGGUAUAGCAUGGCAACAUCCACCAGUAUAAGAUCGAUUCUGGAGUAGGAAUUUAAUGUUUUUGAAAACCAUGUGAAUUCCAACUCCAAUGGAUGAAACGCUCUCCAAAUAUCCCUAAGAUUACAUAGAUCUAUCAAAUAUUGUAAUCUAUCUGAAGUUCCUUUGUUGAUUCUUUUUUCCAUUAUAGUUCUUCCUAUCUUUAAAAGGGUCUAUUACACAGUUGAAAUCACCCAUAAUUAAUAGCACCCCCUGUUUGAUUUGAUCAAUUUUCUUCAUAAUCUUUGUUGUAAAUUUUAUAGUAGACUUAUCAGGUGCAUAUAUAUUAGCUAAUGUAAAAAGUGAAUUAUUUAUUUCGCACACCAGGAUAAUAUAUCUUCUUUCUUUAUCAAGAUCUUGGUAUUUAAUGUUAUGGAUAUAUUUUUGGAAAACAUAAAGACCACCCCCCCACCCCCUUUUUUUUUUUUUCAGAGCCGCACUUAUAAUAAGCAGAUAACUAAUAGAUCUUAUAUUAAUUCUGUCAGUUUUUAUCCAAUGUGUUUCUUGUAAUGCACAAACUUGUAUUUGGUUUUUCUUCAGGAAAUCCAGAAUUAGUGAUCUUUUAAAAGGUGAGUUGAUCCCACGGGUGUUCAGUGAUGCUAGCUUAAUAUAACAAUUUCUGCCAGCUCAAGAAAAAAACCCUCUAAUUUCUUCACAUCACCUGCUGCCUGCCAUUUCUAAAUGUAUUAAUUUUUAUUCUGCUAGUGUGUAUAUACUUCCUCUUUAUAUUGUGUACAUCUAUAAAUCAUCAUUCACCACAACUACAAAAAAAAAAAAUGAAAAAAAUAAAUAAAUCCGCAGAUGCCUUUCCUUCCCCUUUUCCUCCCUUCUCUCCCUUUUCCGUCCUCUUUUUACUUUAUUCCUCCUAUUUCUCCCCUUUUUUUCUCCACUCUCCCCUCCUAUUUCCUAGCAAAGUAAUUAUUGAUCUGUUGAUUUUUUUAUAUCUCUUUAAUUGGCGUCAACCAUCUUUAAAGAUCUUCUGCCGUAUUGAAGCUUAAGGUCUUGCCUUCCUUCAUGCAGUAUAAGGAUCUUUGUGGAAAACCCCCACUUGCCACCAGUAUUUUAUAUUCUUGGAUCUGAGUUCUAUUGUACUAUCUGCAAAGUUGGUUUAAGCCAUCCAAUCAGAGUGCUCUGACAGGUAAAUGAAGAGACUGACUGGUAAGUCUCUACAUUUACCUGUCAUAGCACUCUGAUUGGUUAGCUUGAAAUCCAGCCAAUUAGAGUGCUCUGUGUCAUUUGACUCAUAACUCUGAUUGGUUACUUUCAAUUAACCAGAGUGUUGUUAUGAGUUUACUAGACAUGCCCCUACUCACGAUAUAGCGAGUAGCGGCAUAAUUUACUUACACUAAGUUAUCUUUACUUAGUAUUAGUAAAUUUGGCUGAAAGACCAAUUUAGGUCUUUCAGCCUUUUAGUAGAUAGCUCCCUAAUACCGUGGGAAUUAGGGAGUUAUCUACUUAUUCAUUCCUGUCAUUCCAUUGACUGGCUAAGUAACUUACAUUUUAUAUGAAUGUAUGUUACUUGCUUGUUGUAAGUGUUGCAAAUGCUUACAGCUGAUGUUAGUAUACUUUUUAUUUAAACUUGUAUACAGUGUAACAUUCUUCAUUCUUCCACUGGGUAGGUAUAUUAGUACUUCUGCAAUACUGUCGGAACUUCGGCAAUUUCAGAACUUUGACACUUCGGAAAUUCGGAACUUCGACGAUUCAGCUAUACGGACAUUCGGAAGUAUCCAAAUUGCCCAAAAUUCAUCCGAAUUGACAUUUGUAAUGAAACGAAUUGCACAUGUCUAAUAUCCUGCUCACAUUUUAUUACUUUACAAAGUUUUGUGUUAUCUCCAAACACUGAAACAUGGCUUUCAAUGCCUAUUUCAAGAUCAUUUAUAAAUAUGUUAAAUAGAAUCGGUCCCAAAACAGAACCCUGAGAGACACCACUUACCACUUUUGUCCAGCCUGAAAAUUUACCAUUAAUGACAACUCGUUGUACUCUAUCCUGAAGCCAAUGUUCUACCCAAGAACAAGAUUAAUCAUCUAGACCAACACUAACCUAUUGUGAGGAACCGUAUCAAAUGCCUUGGCAAAAUCCAAGUAGAGCACAUCCACUGCGACACCCUGAUCCAUACUUCUAGUUACUUCUUCGUAGAAUGCAAUUAGGUUAGUUUGACAUGACCUGUGUUUAGAAACAUAGAAUGUGACGGCAGAUAAGAACCAUCCGGCCCAUCUACUCUGCCCAAUUUUUAAAAAUACUUCCAUUAGUCCCUGGCCUUAUCUUAUAGUUAGGAUAGCCUUAUGCCUAUCCCACGCAUGCUUAAACUCCUUUACUGUGUUAACCUCUACCACCUCUACUAUGUGUUACGCUACUUGGGUGAUUUGGAUUGGAACUCAACCGCAGCUUGUAAAACUCCCUAAUUACAAUAGUGAAGAAACGGAGAAUCUUUAAAGUAUCAAUACUGUAGCUUUAAGAAAAGAGAGAAUUGCUGGUAACUUGAUUCAACCAAAGUUUUAAUAAGUGUUAAACUUAAAUGAAUUGCAUUUAGGCAAUAAUCCAAUAAGAAGUGCAAGUAAUAAACAACACAAAGUUCAUUAAUAAGUAUUUCCUCAGAGAUGCAUUAAGUAACAUUCUUUAAUUUCAUGAGAAUAAUCUUCAAUAGAAACAAUAAGCAAGUGGCUGAGAAUAUUUGCAAAGCUAGAACAGUUCAUAGUGAAUAAGCAUGAUGGGAGUUGUCCUCCAUAUAAUUAGUAGCUUGAAGCAGUGAAGAUUUAGUAAGCAAGCAUUAGUUCAUUAUUAAAUGAUAUUGUAGACAAAUAGCUGAAAGAUAUACUUGAGUUUAAUGUGAGUAGUCCUCCAAUAGUUCAGAGGGUCCACUUGUAAAGUAAGUGAGUUUCUAUUAUCCAGUAAUCCUCUAUGACAUGAAGCAUACUUGUCUUAGCCCAGAAGGCUAGGACGACUUCAGAGUUUGUAGAGCCGGCGUGUCCCAGGAGCCGGCAUGCAUAUUCGGAAGUAGGACCCACAAUGCCAGAGCCUGUGGAGAGGUAAGUCUGGCGGAAGUAGCUCUCAGUAUCACCAAGCCCCCUCUCUCUGGCACGGUCUCCCUAAAUACCGUCAGAGCUGUGUCAGAGGGGGGCGGGGUUCGGCUCCGCACAGCGGAGUGCCGAACCCAGAAGUGUUACCGCAUGACACUAUGUUUCAUAAAACCAUGUUGAUUAUUGAUAAUAACAAAGUUCUUCCCAAUGAAUUCCUGAAUAUUAUCCCUUAGUAGCCCUUCAAAUAUUUCCCAGUCACAGAAGUUGAGCUCACAGGUCUAUAAUUUCCAGGCAAGGAUUUUGAACCCUUUUUAAAUAUAGGAACGACAUCUGCCUUCCUCCAAUCCUCCGGUACAAUACCUGAACCAAAAGAAUCUUGAAAAAUUAAAUACAGAGGUUCACUUAUUUCCCCACUCGGCUCCUUAAGUACUCGUGGGUGAAAACCGUCAGGCCCCUGAGCUUUAUUUACAUUCAUUUUCUUUAACUGCUGUAGCACCUUGUCUCGAGUUAUCCAAUCACAAGUUAUCUGCAAGUUUUUUUGCAGCAAUCAUUUGCAUAUCUCUUGCCAUAGGAUUUUCAUUAAUAUAUACUGAAUAAAAAUAGUUAUUUAAAAUUUCUGCCUUUUCCUGUUCUUCAUUAGCUAACAGACCCAUCAUAGGGCUUUUGAUAUCCCAUUCCACUUUCAUAUAUUUAAAAAAUUCUUCUAUAUAUGUUUCAGAUUCUGUUGUCUUUAUUUGUUCUGACACACCUCUAAUUCUUAGGUUGUUCCUCCUUGAUCUGUCCUCCAGAUCUAUAAUUUUAUUUUCCAGAUCCAUUAUUUUUCUUUCCAGAAUUACAUGUUCUUCCUGGUGGGAGUUCCUACCUUCCUACCCCAUACCCCAAUAUUUCUACAUCCCCUGCCACAGCUCAGAGCUUGAAGCCUCAAGAUAUCUGAGCACCCCACCCACUCAUAAACAAUGCUCGCUGUAAGCCUUCCUUGAAACCCAUGUUAAGGAAAUCAUUACCAAUGUCGAAGAAGUGCACCCCAUCCUGCCUGAAAUAACCCGGAAGCAUCAAUUCCAAGUCAACAUGCCUAUCUACACGCCGCCGGGUCCAUCUGAUAAAAAAGUUAUACCAUUUUAUUAACCUUACCCCUCAUCUAGGCUACUGCCCUUGGAUCCCUAGCAUGCUGGCAAUGUAACCGAGGCACCAUAUCCGACCAAAUAAUAGUAAUGCAGAACAAGACACACAGAGAAGAUAGAAAUUAAGAAAAAUCGUCUCCACUCCGUGCAGUUUAAGUGCAGCGCUAAUUUAAAAUAAAGUCAACUCACCCUGUUGAUAUUGAUCGGGUGGUUCAACUUAGUUGGACAUAUAUGAAAAAACACAAGUAGAGAAUAUAUAGUGCAGGGUUGUUUUAAACCACAAACUGGAGUUAUCUACUUAAUGGCACACUCACAUGGUAAUGAGCCUUUUUAGAAACAGGCUCUAAACUUUCCGGCUGGUAUGUUAUAGGGUAACAUACACCCCCUUUUUCUGGAUCUCUUCCCCGGUCACAAUUCCAAUAUGUAUGAUGGAGAAAGGAAAGAAAAGGAUCUCUAAGUGAGAUCUGCAGGUUUAAAAACACAAUUCUAGAUAAUAUAAAAUUGCUCACCUGACUCAGAGCCUUCCAAACUGGCUCUGAGUUUCAAACGUUUGUGUCAAAUAAAGGGUGACAACCCCCUCUUGAACCUGGGCAACACCAAAGACUGGAUCCACUUGUUAAACGGAAAUGCACAAAAAAGUGCUAUUUAAUAUGAUUAAAAUUAAAAUUGAAUGCAAUUCAAAUGCAAAUAAAAAUACAUGAAAUACAAAUAAAAGAAAAAUAUAUAAAAAGUCCGUUUGGAUCCUUCCGAAACACGUUUCACCUAUCCUGUAGGCUUUUUCAAUCGGCAUGGUGUUGCUUCCUGGUUCCAGUAUUUACAUCAUCAGUAUGAGACUUCCUCUUCAACUCUGAUCCUAUCAGAAUGCGUCCUUGUGUCUGACUCCUCCCCUUCACAGCUUAACUCAAUGAUAUUACUGCAUUGAAUCAUCUACAGAUGGGCAGGACUACAUCUCCAAAAAUGCAUUGCGGCCGCAUUGUUUGGUCACUUCCGGUACAGCAGAAAUGGCAAUCCCAUCAUACUUAACAAUACUAUAGCGAAUUUCGCUCAAAGUCAAAGGAGGGAGGAGAGAAAGAUAAUAUAACAUCAAUGAAUAAAAAGUUAUUAAAUCAGGCUAAUGUAAAAUAAUGAAGAGAUGUGACUCCAAACUUCACCAAUAUAUAUGUAUGAUACCUCACUAUAUAUAAAAAAAAAUAAAAAAAAAAUUAUUAAAUAUGGAUCUGACACAGAUAUAAUAAGCCUUUUGACUAAGUGUAGGUUUUAACAGGGAUCUAAUAGGUCACUUCUAACCUGAAUUUGAUCUGGCAGAGGCACAGUGGGUCACAAGAAAUGGUACAACUCAAAGUCCACAUUGAGACCAUGCGGGACCAGAGUACCCAAAACAAAGAUCCACCGCAUCUCCGCCUGACCCAAUUUCUUUAUUAUGUCAUCACCCCUCCAAUUGGGGUGGACUUUUUGUAUAGCAAAAAAAGUCAAGAAUUGUGGAUCGCAACCGUGAUGUUCCUUAAAAUGAGACGAAACACUAUGUUGCAUAAAUCCUUUCUUGAUAUUGCGAACGUGUUCGUUUAUCCUUAUAUAUAAUGGACGUUUUGUUCUUCCUACAUAGUAUAAAUUACAUGUACACUGAAGUACAUAUAUGACUUGCUUAGUAUAACACGUAAUCAUAUUUUUUAUCUUAUAUUUCUUUUUCCCCUGAGGAUGUAAAAAGGUGGUCACGCUUCUCUUGCUACUCCCUGUCCGUCUGCACGAUAUACAUAGCCCACAUCCAAAGAAGCCGUCUUUAUGUAAAAAGGUUUUUGGCUUAUUGUCAUUUUUUAUAUGGUUUUUAACUAGUUUUAAUGCCAGAUUUGGGGCUCCCCUAUAAAUGACUUUUGGCUGUUCUGGUAAUAAAUUAUACAAUAUGGGAUCAGCCCUCAAUAUUGGCCAAAAUUUUGUAAUAAUCCGUCUAACUUGUUUGCUCUUCGAGUUAAAGUUACAUAGGAAGGGAAUAUUUUGAUUUGUAUUGGCAUUUUUGCUCUUAUACUCCAAAAGUUUUGGUCUUUCCUGAGAUUUUAUUUCUUCUAUUGUACUUUGCAAGAUAUCAUUAUUGUAUCCCUUUUCUAAGAAGCGGCUUUUCAAUUUAUUUGCUUGAACAUUAUAUGUUGUUACAUCAGUACAGUUUCUUCGUAUCCGAAGGAACUGUGACUUUGGGAUGUUUAAAAGCCACGGUGAGAAAUGGCAGCUUUGUAAAUCUAUAUAAUUAUUUACAUCUACCAACUUGAAGUGGGUUUUUGUUUUUAUAAUGUCUUCUUCGAUGUAAAUUGUCAAAUCCAAAAAAUUCACACUCUGUCUACUGUACUCUGCUACCAAAUUGAUUCCCCAAUUAUUAAAAUUUAAAUAUCCCAGAAACAGUUGAAGAGUCUCCUCUGGACCGUCCCAAAUAAAGAAAAUAUCGUCUAUGUAACGACGAUAGGAAACGAGGUUUGCACUCCAGUCCGCGUUAUCCAAAAUAAAAACAUGCUCCCAUAGAGCCAUAAAAAGAUUCGCAUAACUGGGUGCAAACCUCGUUCCCAUCGCCGUACCGACUAUUUGUAAAUAAAAGUCGUUGGAAAACCAGAAAAAGUUGUUACAUAAUAUAAGGUGUAUGCCUUGAAUAAUAAAAUCUAUUUGAUCUUGAUGGUACAAUUCAGACUGUUCUAAGUGGAAUCUUACUGCCUCCUCUCCUCUAUUAUGAGGAAUAACCGUGUAAAGAGAGCUCACAUCAGCCGUAACUAAUAUGUAGCUCUCCUUCCAGGUCACAUCUCGUAGAGUCUGAAGUAUGGUUAUGGUGUCCUUGAGGUGACUUGGGGUUUGUUGGACAAGGGGUUGGAGGCAGUGGUCUAUAUACUCCGAUAGUCUACUGGAAAUUGAAUUGAUUCCAGAGACUAUCGGACGUCCUGGUGGGGCAACAGGAUGUUUGUGGAUCUUUGGGAGGUGGUAGAGCACUGGGACUCUUGGAUGUUGGAUGUUUAAAUAACUAUAUUCUUGAUCAUUAAGGAUCCCUUUGUCUCUACCAGCCCCAAAGAAACUCCUGAAUUUGGUUUCAAUCUCUUGUGAUGGAUUGCCAGGGAGUCGGAGAUAGGUAGUUGUAUCUCCCACCAAUCUCAGACCCUCCUGGAGAUAUUUAUCUACAUCCAUCACAACUAUCCCCCCCCCCUUGUCCGCAGGUUUGAUCACUAUGUUUUGAUCUUUUUGCAAUUCCUUCAGAGCUAACCACUCUUUUUUGUUUAAAUUCCUAUUACUGGUUUUAGUCUUAAUAUUGUUAAUUUCCUGCAUAACUGCCUUUUCAAAGCUUAUCAUUUCAUCAGAAAUGAAAUUAUGCGGAAAAAAGACAGAUUUUUCCUUGAGUGCCGUAUGUACGAACUCAGAUUGAAUAGUCUCUUCAUUGAGAUGUCUAUCAUUCCUCACAAAACAUUUUUUCAGACAUAACUGUCUCUUAAAUUUGUUCAAAUCAACAUACAUCUCAAAUCUGUCUAGUUCUUUAGUCGGGACAAAUUUUAAUCCCUUAUUCAGAACUGAACUUUGGGCCUCUGUUAAAACCUUACUGGACAAAUUAAAAAUUAAUGAUUGUAAUGUGUCCAGUCUCUUUUUGCUUUUCUUAAUUCUCUUUCCUCCUCUAACUCCCCUUCCUCUAUACUCCUCCUUCUUUUGUAUGGAGAGUCGAGGCGUGGAGAUCUCCUCCAAGUGGGGGCAAAAGUCUUGUGUUUGUCUUUUGGUCUCUCGUUUUGAAAAAAAGUUUCUGGCUCCCUAUUUAGGACACUAAACCUAUUGUGGGAGAUGACUUGAUUUUGAGAGUUUAUAUUGUGAUGAAAAAUGGGGGAUUUUGAUCUUUGAUUUUUUUCUUUUUGUUUUGGCCUAUCCAAUCGUCUGGAAUCCUGAUGUGAAGUGGAUGGAUAUUCCAUCCCUUCCCUUACUGGAUUCUCCAUACGUUUUGAUUCAUGGCGAGGAGUCAGAGCAUAUUCUUUUUUGUUUCUCAUUGAUGGUUUCCUUUUUCUAGAUGUAUUAUGGUAAUAGGCUGUUUCUCUUUCAGGUACUAUAUUCCUAUUUCCUCUAUAAGGUCGUUUAUAUGAAUUGCUAUUAUACUUAUCCCAUGACUCUUGAGGGUAUAUCUCUCUCAUAUCUCUCUGUUUGGAUUUCUGAUAGGAUCUGACUUGAUUAUGAUCAAAGUCAAAUCUGUCUCUUUUAUAUUUUUUCUUUUUAAUUUCUAUAGUCUCUCUUUCAAUCCUAUUUAGAAUAUCUUGAAUUUCGUCAGUAAUUUUCUGGUAUUCCUCGCUUUUUGUAUGUUUAAUAAGCAACUCCUGCAUCUCAUUAAUCUGUUUAUCUAAUUUAAUCAAAGUCACAUUUCUUCUUUUUACAAUCAAAGACAUGGAUUUUAAAGCAAAUGAGUCUAGCAUAUCUGUCCACUCAUCCAUGAACUCUUGUUCUUCAAGACUCUACGAGAUGUGACCUGGAAGGAGAGCUACAUAUUAGUUACGGCUGAUGUGAGCUCUCUUUACACGGUUAUUCCUCAUAAUAGAGGAGAGGAGGCAGUAAGAUUCCACUUAGAACAGUCUGAAUUGUACCAUCAAGAUCAAAUAGAUUUUAUUAUUCAAGGCAUACACCUUAUAUUAUGUAACAACUUUUUCUGGUUUUCCAACGACUUUUAUUUACAAAUAGUCGGUACGGCGAUGGGAACGAGGUUUGCACCCAGUUAUGCGAAUCUUUUUAUGGCUCUAUGGGAGCAUGUUUUUAUUUUGGAUAACGCGGACUGGAGUGCAAACCUCGUUUCCUAUCGUCGUUACAUAGACGAUAUUUUCUUUAUUUGGGACGGUCCAGAGGAGACUCUUCAACUGUUUCUGGGAUAUUUAAAUUUUAAUAAUUGGGGAAUCAAUUUGGUAGCAGAGUACAGUAGACAGAGUGUGAAUUUUUUGGAUUUGACAAUUUACAUCGAAGAAGGCAUUAUAAAAACAAAAACCCACUUCAAGUUGGUAGAUGUAAAUAAUUAUAGAUUUACAAAGCUGCCAUUUCUCACCGUGGCUUUUAAACAUCCCAAAGUCACAGUUCCUUCGGAUACGAAGAAACUGUACUGAUGUAACAACAUAUAAUGUUCAAGCAAAUAAAUUGAAAAGCCGCUUCUUAGAAAAGGGAUACAAUAAUGAUAUCUUGCAAAGUACAAUAGAAGAAAUAAAAUCUCAGGAAAGACCAAAACUUUUGGAGUAUAAGAGCAAAAAUGCCAAUACAAAUCAAAAUAUUCCCUUCCUAUGUAACUUUAACUCGAAGAGCAAACAAGUUAGACGGAUUAUUACAAAAUUUUGGCCAAUAUUGAGGGCUGAUCCCAUAUUGUAUAAUUUAUUACCAGAACAGCCAAAAGUCAUUUAUAGGGGAGCCCCAAAUCUGGCAUUAAAACUAGUUAAAAACCAUAUAAAAAAUGACAAUAAGCCAAAAACCUUUUUACAUAAAGACGGCUUCUUUGGAUGUGGGCUAUGUAUAUCGUGCAGACGGACAGGGAGUAGCAAGAGAAGCGUGACCACCUUUUUACAUCCUCAGGGGAAAAAGAAAUAUAAGAUAAAAAAUAUGAUUACGUGUUAUACUAAGCAAGUCAUAUAUGUACUUCAGUGUACAUGUAAUUUAUACUAUGUAGGAAGAACAAAACGUCCAUUAUAUAUAAGGAUAAACGAACACGUUCGCAAUAUCAAGAAAGGAUUUAUGCAACAUAGUGUUUCGUCUCAUUUUAAGGAACAUCACGGUUGCGAUCCACAAUUCUUGACUUUUUUUGCUAUACAAAAAGUCCACCCCAAUUGGAGGGGUGAUGACAUAAUAAAGAAAUUGGGUCAGGCGGAGAUGCGGUGGAUCUUUGAUUUGGGUACUCUGGUCCCGCAUGGUCUCAAUGUGGACUUUGAGUUGUACCAUUUCUUGUGACCCACUGUGCCUCUGCCAGAUCAAAUUCAGGUUAGAAGUGACCUAUUAGAUCCCUGUUAAAACCUACACUUAGUCAAAAGGCUUAUUAUAUCUGUGUCAGAUCCAUAUUUAAUAAUUUUUUUUUUAUUUUUUUUUAUAUAUAGUGAGGUAUCAUACAUAUAUAUUGGUGAAGUUUGGAGUCACAUCUCUUCAUUAUUUUACAUUAGCCUGAUUUAAUAACUUUUUAUUCAUUGAUGUUAUAUUAUCUUUCUCUCCUCCCUCCUUUGACUUUGAGCGAAAUUCGCUAUAGUAUUGUUAAGUAUGAUGGGAUUGCCAUUUCUGCUGUACCGGAAGUGACCAAACAAUGCGGCCGCAAUGCAUUUUUGGAGAUGUAGUCCUGCCCAUCUGUAGAUGAUUCAAUGCAGUAAUAUCAUUGAGUUAAGCUGUGAAGGGGAGGAGUCAGACACAAGGACGCAUUCUGAUAGGAUCAGAGUUGAAGAGGAAGUCUCAUACUGAUGAUGUAAAUACUGGAACCAGGAAGCAACACCAUGCCGAUUGAAAAAGCCUACAGGAUAGGUGAAACGUGUUUCGGAAGGAUCCAAACGGACUUUUUAUAUAUUUUUCUUUUAUUUGUAUUUCAUGUAUUUUUAUUUGCAUUUGAAUUGCAUUCAAUUUUAAUUUUAAUCAUAUUAAAUAGCACUUUUUUGUGCAUUUCCGUUUAACAAGUGGAUCCAGUCUUUGGUGUUGCCCAGGUUCAAGAGGGGGUUGUCACCCUUUAUUUGACACAAACUUUUGAAACUCAGAGCCAGUUUGGAAGGCUCUGAGUCAGGUGAGCAAUUUUAUAUUAUCUAGAAUUGUGUUUUUAAACCUGCAGAUCUCACUUAGAGAUCCUUUUCUUUCCUUUCUCCAUCAUACAUAUUGGAAUUGUGACCGGGGAAGAGAUCCAGAAAAAGGGGGUGUAUGUUACCCUAUAACAUACCAGCCGGAAAGUUUAGAGCCUGUUUCUAAAAAGGCUCAUUACCAUGUGAGUGUGCCAUUAAGUAGAUAACUCCAGUUUGUGGUUUAAAACAACCCUGCACUAUAUAUUCUCUACUUGUGUUUUUUCAUAUAUGUCCAACUAAGUUGAACCACCCGAUCAAUAUCAACAGGGUGAGUUGACUUUAUUUUAAAUUAGCGCUGCACUUAAACUGCACGGAGUGGAGACGAUUUUUCUUAAUUUCUAUCUUCUCUGUGUGUCUUGUUCUGCUUUUCAAACAGUGGGUGAUUUUUGGAGCAUCCACAAAGUGUUCUAGCUGCUACUGUCUAAAAUUACCACUAAAUAAUAAGCGCCUGUAAUUCACACAUUUGUUUUUUCCUUGCAAAUAAUAGUAAUGCCCGGGACAAGACACCUCAACCUUUCCACAUCCCAUUUUAUACGUUGCACCUGACCUAACUCAUUCCCCCCUGAGUGGAUCAAUAACAAAUCAGGGUAUUGCCCAGACCCAGGGUCGGCCCAAGGCAUUGUGCUGCCUGGAUCCAAGCAUGAAAUGUUGCCCCCCCCCUCCAACAAAACCACACCAACCAAAACACGUCACGUUCAUUAUGUUAUGCAGUGUGUGUAGUAGAUGCAGUGUGCGUGUAUUGCAUUGUGUGUAUAUAAUGGAUGCACAGUGUUUGUGUGUGUGUGUAUAGUAGAUGCAGAGUGUGUGUAUGGAAGUGGAUGCAGCGUGUGGAUGGUGUGUGUAGUGGAUGCUGUGUAUGUAGUGCAGUGAUGGCGAACCUAUGGCACGCCGAGCCCUCUCUGUGGGCACGCGGCCAUAGGUCGUGGGGAGGGGGGCACUGGCGCCGAUUUUAUGUUUUUGUUUUUUUUUUAUGUAUCUUUACCUCCCUACCCCCCAAACACACUGCACCCCCACCCCCCCACACACGGCAGUCGUCCCAUCAUUAUUUAAAAUUUGUAUCAUUGAACUCUCUGUUGUUGUGUUAUUAUUUUAAAACAAAAGAUGUUAAUUAUAUUUUUUGUGCUGAAAAACCCCCACUCGUCUUAUACUCGAGUGAGUGUCUGUAUUAUGGAAACUUAAUUGCCAUAAUACAGACCAGGACCGCCGGGCUCAUUACAAGCCUGGCGGUCCUGUUGGGGGCUGGCAGGAAGCGUUUACUUACCUUUCCUGCAGCUCCUGUCAGCUCCCUUCGCUCUCCUCCGGUCUGGUCAGCUCCCCUGUCAGCUCCCACUGUAAGUCUGGUGAGAGCCGCGGGGUCAGAGCGUUGAGAAAAACAAACAUUCCGCAGCACCCUAAUCAGCCCCUCCAAGACUGCAAAAGAGACUGGCCUCCUCAUAUCCGGUUUUCUCUUAUUUCCCUUACGAAAACCUUUUAAUGCAUGCCGAACCACAAAAUUCUUUGUGAUAUCCUUCCACUCGUUCAGGUUAAACAGAAACUCUAACACCGCAAAAUGACAAUCUACAACUGAAGGCGAGGCUCCGGUGGAAAAUAACUCGCACCAAUACCACAACAGAACAUCCAGCCGUACCUCGGAUGAGUGAUAUCUCCCUGCGCAAGCCCACGCCUCGUCCCACGCCCUCCAUACCUUAACAUACACCAUCCAAGUACUAGGCGCCAACUACAGUUUCUGCCUAUGAUCCGCUACACUGCCUUAGGAUCAGUCUGCUACUCUUUAUCUACAUUUAUUGCUAUACAUUAGAUAUUGUAUCAGACUUAUAAGACUUAGCUGGGUGCUUUCAAUUUGUAUCAGGUUACAUGACUGCUGACCCCAAAUACCAAAACCGUUACCCCCAAUAACGACAUGACACCUGAUUGUUGGGUAAGGGCAACGGCCACAGCUUUAUUAAACUUUUACACAGCCAGCAUUUCCACCUGUCAGCUGUUGGGGUGACUACCCAACAGACAGAUACUCCAAGUCUUUAUCCAGAGUUCGUACAGCCUGCCUUCGGCCAUCAGCCCUAGAAGGCUGCGACUCCCCAAAUCCUUUCCGUGCAUUACGUGCGCUGGCCAGGAACUCCGCCAUAGCUGUGACAAAACAAGAACAGAAACAAACAACACCACAAGCCAAACUAUCACAUAGCAUGGGAAAUUUUUUGGGGCGGACGGGAAACUGUUCCAGACUGCUCCUUCUGCACUGGUGAGUCCCACCCCCCUGCUCUCCCUCUUAUACCCACUAUAUAGGCAACAUUGUAUCUUUUAUAUUCCCACCCCUUACUGCAGGGCAGCAGUCAUGCCUCCCCUUCCUUGCAGUCCAGGGGAUAUCUUUCACCUGCUUUAUCGUCUAUUUCUAAGCUGGGAGAUCAUUCUGACUAUCUAUAUAGGAUCCAUUCGCUUGCCAAUUUUUAUUUAUUUUCUAUUUUUUCACUUCAUCUCAUUUUUCUGGCACUGUUUUUUUUGUGUGUGUGUGUUUUUUUUUGUAUCAUCCUUAUAGGGAUUUAAUAAAGUUGUGUAUUCUAAAUUUUUUAAGUUUUUUUCAUUCCAUUCCAAAGUACUAGUCCAUUGUUGGACUAGUACUUUAAUAAGGGUAAUAUAAUUGGUAUUGGGCUUGUCUUUCACUAGUCUGUACUAAUCUUCUUAUUGAUUUCUAUGUUGGGGUAUGCCCUAACCACUACGGACUCUGUGUUAGAUUCUCUUUCAUCGUGCUUGUAUAUUUAUCAUUUAGGCGCCAAGGAAUCCCAUAUCAUUUGUCCAAGCAAGAGGUCCCGAGCUGCCACACGUCGUCCGGACAGAGUGGAAUCUCGACCACUUCGAACAAGACGACGCAUCGGCAAUGAUAUUUAAAAAAACAGGCACAUGACGUGCCCUAAAAACAAUUAUACUGCAUACAGAGUAGUACAAAGUGCCGCAACAAGCGAAUCACAGGAACCGAAGAACUGAUUCACUGCCCCCACCACCGACAUAUUGUCCGUGAAGAAAAUAUAUUUUUUGUCCUGUAAAAUCGAACCUCAUAACGCCAACAGAACCACUAAGGGAAAUAGUUCCAAAAACGCCAAGUUGUGGAUGAUAGGAUUCGCUUUUCAACAUACAGACCACGGUUCCGCGCAUCAUUGACCAGCAAAAAAGUAUUCAAACCCCACUCUCCACGAAGCAUCCAUAAACCGUUCCAAAUCCAGAGAGGAGGCAGCUUUGUCCAGGAAAAAGACACGGCCGUUAAAAUCUUGAAGGAAAAUAUCCCAAACCUCCAAAUCCGUCCUCAUCAGUGCCGUAAUUUGGACAAAAUGAUUCAGAGAACUGAUACCACAAGUCGCCUUUCCAAGGAACCUACUAAAACCCGCCCCACUGGUAUGAUCCGACAAGCAAAUUUCAGACGACCAAACAAGGAUUGCAGCGUCUGCAGCGCAACCUUCUGCACCGCAUGCACUUCUCGAACGGCCUGCCGAAGUGCCGUCAACAUUUACCUGGCCAGGGGGAGAACCGACAAGCGUUUUGGUUUAAGGACAUUGGAACAAGAGGACAGUCUUUCACUAGCACCCACAAAAUAACUGGCAGUUUGGGGGAGUCCGUGCCGAUGUAUAACUGAUGGACCGAAGAGUGGGCAAAUACCUUUAAAGAAGACUGCAACACAGUUGCCUACCUCCAAACAUUUUAAAUGGACCCUUUAAUUUUAGGAGUGUGAAUGGGGGUGUGGCCCGGGGUGGACUGUUCAGAGAAAUUUUAGGUGACUUACAGUACUAAUUAUUAUUUCUACACUGGUCAGCCACACUACUAAAACCACUGACAGGUGAAGUGAAUUACAUUGAUUAUAUUGUUACAAUGGCCCCUGUCAAGUGGUAGGAUAUAUUAGGGAGCAAGUGGUUUAAUGUGUUGGAAGCAGGAAAAACGGGCAAGCAAAAAGAUCAGAGUGACUAUUACCAAAUAGUGAUGACUGGGUCAGAGCACCUCCAAAACGGCAAAUCUUGUAGGGUGUUGCCUGUAUCCAGUGGUUAGUACCUAAAGGCAUGCAAGGCUCAUUGGUGUUCAUGGGGAGCAAAGGCUAGCCUGUCUGGUCAGAUCACACUGAAGAGCUAAUGUAUCUCAAAUUACUGGAAAACUUAAAGGGACACUAUAAUGUAUUGAUUCUGGUGCCUGUAGCAUGUAGCAUGUCCCUGCCUUUUCAAAAAACAUUGAAGCGGUCUCUAACUCGGCGGCAGCUGCUGCAGGCAGUGAAACUGCGACCCAUUAAUCUUUCUGGGCCGAGAACCCACAUGGGUGUCAACCCUCAGCACAUUUACACCCGUGGAGAGUUGUUCUGAACACUCUGGAUGUGAGAGUCCGUGAGUGCCAGUUCUUGCUCAAGCCUGGGCAUGGAGAGAAGGAGCUGUGGGGUUCUGUAAUACUGGGCUGCCCAGACCUCCUACUAACAAAGUGUGAGUGUUGGUUGACUCUGACCAGUGUCGGCCAUCUUUGUGCGGCUGCUUACAUUCAUGACAAUUGACGUGUGUUGGAGUGAUGUUAAUUGUGUGCUAUUUUCCCUGUUAAGCAAUAUUAGUUUUUUUUUUUAAAGUGCAGUUACUCCCUCUUCUGCUAAUUGUUAAUCUGUGUAUGUAUAUAUUAUUCCUCUGUACAGGUUACCUACUGUGUUAUUAACUCAUGUCAAUUAUCUACGUGAUGUAUCACUGCAAAAACUAAAAAUUCACAAAACAAAAAAUCGUCUAUUUUUGCCUAAAUUUUGUCAUUCAGUUUUUAAUUCACUACAAUUUAGGGUUAAAGGGACUCUGUAGGCACCAAUUCCCAUUCAACUCAUUGAAGUGGUCUGGGUGCCAACUCAUCCUUAACCCUAGAGUGGUAAUUAUUGCAGUUUUUAUAAACUGCAAUAAUUACCUUGCAGGGUUAUCUUCUCCUCUAUUGGCUGGCUAGAGGGACUUCCAGCUUUUUAGAUGACCUCCAGAGUUGCCGGAAUCCCCAUAGAAAAGCAUUGAAUAAUGCUUUGCUAUGGGGAGAUCCUAAUGCGAGUGUGGCUAUUGCCGCACAUGCGCAUUAGGUCUCCCCCGUCAGCGGAUGUUGGCGAGGGAGGAGCGUGGGCGGAGUUGAGCCUUCGCUGAGGGACAUCGGCGCUGUUCCCAGGUAAGUGACUGCGCCGGGGGAGGGGGCCUUGACAAAGGGGAAGCUAUAGUGCCAGGAAACAGAGUUUGUUUUAUAUUUUCCCUUAUAGUUUCCCUUUAAGUGAAUAAAUCAUCAUCAAGGAAUUUAAAAGUGAUUUUUAACUUUUAGGCCAAAAUAGCCAAAUGUCAACAUUCUACCAGUCAGCCAUUUCUGCAGCUUUGCUUCCAGUUUGGAACUUUUAGGGUAAGUUUUAAAAUCCACUCUGUAUUACUGAGAAUUCACACUUAAAGGACAUUCCACUGCUCAAAUCUUUAAAAAAUAUAUAUAAAUAAAUAAAAAUCACUUUUUUUUUGUAGAUAGACCCCCAAUAAAAACAAUGCAUUCUUUUAACAACAUUUUAAUUCUAUAAAUUGUUACUAGUAAGAACAGCCGUCCCCUGGCUACACCCCCACUCGCACCCCUAAAAUGAGUGUCCCCCCGUCCACGUGAAAUGUUAAGGGUUCUGCCCUCCACGCAUUGUGUGAAGCGAGUGGAUGGUCAAUAUGAAUCCGUGGGUGAGGAGGCUCUAUCUCUAUAAUCAGAGAACGCGAGUGGAUGGUCAAUAUGAAUCCGUGGGUGAGGAGGCUCUAUCUCUAUAAUCAGAGAACGCUUGCAUUAUAUUUAUAAAGUGUUACUCUUUCCUUCACUUCCUUUUCUUAUUUUCAAUGACAGGAAGGGGUUUGUACAAACUGCAUAGUUGCAUUAAAAAUUAUAUAUUUUUUAUUGAUUUUAACACCAACAUGAUAUGUAGUUUUUUUUUGUUUGUUUGUUUGUUUUGUAGUGUGCCUUCUAAUUCAUUUAUUAUCUUCUUCAACAGGCCAGGAAUAAGAUCAGUGGGGAUCUGGCAGCGGUGAAGAUUGUAAAGAAGGAAUCCGGUGAGUCCUGCACUGGUACAUGUGGCUCUGUACCCCUGUCAGUCUCACAGCCCUCCAGUUUCCAGCUCGUUAUAAGCACUCUCAUGGCAGGCUUUGCAGGGUAGAGGUGUGAAUAGGAAAUGGUCAAAUAUAGCUCCCAGCUAUUUCAGGGUGUAGUUUGUGGUCAGAGUCCGACAGUGCGUGUUCUAUGUGUCAAUCUAGCUGCUUGGGACUCAGCGAUACAGCUCUUCAUUUUCCUGGAUUAGAAAUCUCUGAGAGCAUUAAUCUGAUUAUGAUCAUGUAGACACACCGGAAAAUAUAUUGGUGUGUAACUUGUAGCAAUCAGAAGGCAAAUGGCGAACUCGGAGGCUGCCCUAAAAACUGGCAGUGGUAGGGCGUCAUUGAAAUCGGCACAAAUUAUCUGCUCAAAUUUACGCAGAAUAAAUAUUAUCUGUAAUAAAUAUCACACUGUGCAGCGAGUCUGCGCCAUCAGAGCUGCUUUAAAAUGCCAUAUAAUCUGAUCAGCCCCGUGAACACUCUACUAAACUUUUAUUAGAAUGGGGGUGAUUUAAUAGCCUCUUGUUUGGCAGCCUUGGAAAUGGGGGGGAGGGGCAGGAAGCAAGGGGCACCUACAGGCCAGCACUUCACAUACCUCACCGGCCGACUAGAACAUGGAAAACCAGGCACGUGCAUGGGGAUCCUCUCGUUUAGCCUGAUCAGUUAUUGUGUUUGUAGACAGAGUGGCCUACUGCAUUUUAUUACAUUUUCUCAAAUAUGGAAAACAGUCUGGGAGGAGGCAGCCGCCUUCUCCCAGCUCCGUGUCUGUUGCUUGGAUCAGAUUGGAACGCUGUAAUGUGUCCAUACAGUUCGCUACGAGAACUCGUAACUGCUUUUAUUUAAAGGAAGAUUCUAAUUAAUAAUAAAUAAAUGUAUGUUACGUAGGAGUGUCCUUAAAGCUAUAUAUAUAUUUUAAAUUUGAUUAGUCUCAGGUAAACUUACCUGUAAUUUAUUACCGAGACCAACACCUUGCAGCCGCUCGACCCUCUUCCUGUGAUGUCAUCAAUCCUGAUGGCUUUUGUCCAGUCAGAUGCUUCUCACAAAGAGGACCCCGUGUUGGCAUGCUCUGCGUGCUGACUCCAGAUAUUAAUAACUGAAUCUAUUUCUAUUGGGAGCCCCUAGUUCUUGUUUUUCUGGCCACACUAAUUAAUCAAAUGAAGUGGCCUCACGAUCCCGUGACUAAAAUCUAACGCACUGAAAGUCUUUCUUUAUGUUGUUAUAAAUGACAGCAGCGUCACCCCAUCCCUAUCAGAAAGGUCGGCAAUGUGCUGGAUGUUCGUUUUAUGAUGUGGCAUUCGAUAUCACAAACGGUGUGAAUGAGGAGCUUCUGAUUGCUGACAGAUGCUGGAUAGAGAUGUGUUGUGGGUGGAUGGGAGGGGGGAUGGGGGGGGAUUGUUCUGUUUUCAGUUCGCCCAAAAUUCAGAAAAUAUCAAUUUGGAUAAAAGUUUUGUUAAUUUUAGAUGCAGGUGGCAGUUACAACGUACCAAUUUGGGGUACACUGCUAAAAGAUCUAAAUUCAUUCAUUUUGAUCUUUCAGGUAUUUAGUAGAUAGAUCCCUAAUUUCUUAUACUUAUGUGUGAAUUACCAACUAUAGAAGCAAUCUGCUAAACAGUGUCCUAAUUUGUUAUCCUUAAUUCUGGCAAUCCCACAUAAGGAUAGCAAAUAAGGGAGUAAUCCAAAUAGCUCAAAGAGCAAAACUUCGAAAAACCCUUUUCUUAAUUUUAUGAUUGCAAUAUUUAAGGAUAUGAAAUUAUCUACUACCCUUUCUAUAUCACUGUUACUGCUCCCACUGGAAGGCUAUUCCAGGUAUCUACUACCCUUUCUUUCCUGGCUAAUCAUGGCAGCAUCACUUAUGGGUAGCUCCUCCCUUAGCAGUCACAGGACAGGAAUUAAUUAGAUAAAUUAAUCAGACUGAUAGGUAUAAGGAGUCCCUCCUCCCCCUACACCUCAGUCUUUUUUCCUGUCCUUAGCAAGUUCUACAGGACUUUUUACAUUUUAUUUUAUGGCCACCUUCCUGCGUUUGUCGUGGGUUCGUUCCAAAUGAAGUUCAGCCUCUCUUCAUUUGAAGGACCCAGUAAACAGCCUGCAUGAGCAGGACUAACUGGGUCAGGUUCAGUGUAAGUACUGAACUGCAGCGUGGGAAGUAAGUGUUUGAAGGAAGGCAAGAAAGUCAUUGCCGUAAUUCCAAUUUGGCCUUGGAGAAUGAGCCAGGAACAACCUUGGCCUCUUCCAGUGAUGGAGGAUGUGCUAACGCAGGGCCCUAUAUUCCAUCCUCAUUCGGAACGCCUCAAACUGGGGGUAUGGGUCUUGAGAAAGAAAGACUCCAAUUACUAGGUCUCUCGGAGGCAGUGAUCAAUACCCUUCUGCUCUCCAGGAAGGCUUCCACUUCUUCAUGCUACCAUAGGAUCUGGGAUGUGUUCCAAACUUGGGCAUCGUCUCAUAAUGUGGAUUUUCUGCAUCCUAGCAAUACUGAAGUUUUGGAGUUUCUGCAAGAGGGCCUGGACAAGGGCCUUAGCCUCAGCACCUUGAAGGUUCAGUCUUCGGCACUUUCAGCUUUGUGCGAUAUCUCAUGGGCUUCGGAUCCUUUGAUUUCCAGGUUCUUCAAAGGGGCCUUCAGGUUGAGGCCUCCUUCCAGAUCUACUACCCCUCCUUGGGACCUUCCUAUGGUGCUCAAUUAUCUCACUGAGGAUCUGUUUGUUCCUCUUGAAAGUUUGGAUGCUACUCUCCUGACGUAUAAAACUUUGUUUUUGGUGGCAAUUACUUCCGCAAGAAGGAUUUCAGAAAUUAAGGCAUUUUCUACAUCUUCUUCUUGUUUACGUUCUACCAAGAUAGGGUGUGUCUGAAAGUAAAACCAGAGUUUCUUCCUAAGGUAGUUUCUCAGUUUCACCUCUCUCAAGAAGUGGUUCUUCCAUCAUUUUACCCCAACCCCUCUUCUCAGGAGGAGGUUAGAUGGCAACGUUUGGAUGUCAUGAACUGCUUGUCUGCAUAUCUUAAACGUUCUGAGUCUUUCCGUAAAACGGACCAACUCUUCGUUUUGCCGAUUGGGAGCAAGGAGAGGUGAGGCGGCUUCUUUAUCUACGUUGAAACGUUGGAUUUCUCUGAUAAUUAAGAAGGCGUAUAUCUCUAAAGGUAUAUCACCACCUCGGGAGAUAAGAACUCAUUCUACUAGAGCAUUAUCAACUUCAUGGGCUAGCUGGGCAGAGGUUCCAUACGAUGAUAUUUGCAGAGCAGCCACCUGGUCUUCUCCGAUGACAUUCAUGAAGCACUACAAACUUGAUGUGGAGUCUCCUUCCACCUCCUUUGGAAAGAGUGUCCUGUCUACGGUCUCUUUAUCCCGUUGAUAUUAAACUUUUCUUUGCUGCAUGAGUUUCAGUUUUGUGUAAUUUCUUGGAUUAUUAUUCCCACCCUAUUUUUCUGUGAAGCUUGGGUAUUACCAGUGGCGUAUUAGCCGCGAGGCAUACAAGGCAUUUGCCUUGGGUGGCAUUUUUCAGGGGGCGGCAAAAAACGUUGCCCCCCAAAUGCCCAGGGCAGAUGCCUAGUUAGCCUCGCAGCUAACUGACAUCCCGAGCGGGCGUGCGGCGCUGGCAGGCGGGCGGGCGGCCGGCGAGGGAGCACUUCCCAUGAGCUGACUGCUCAGCUCCCUCGCGCACCGCAGAGUGAGGCUGGGAGCCGGAAUGUGACGUCAUCUUCCGGCUCCCAGCCUCACUCUGCAGCCGACGCGCGAGGGAGCUGAGCAGUCAGCUCAUGGGAAGUGCUCCCUCGCCGGCCGCCCGCCCGCCUGCCAGCGCCGCACGCCCUUCAGCCACUGGACCACCAGGGAGAGACCGCCUAGGGCAGCACAAAACCAGGAUACACCACUGGGUAUUACCCAUAAGUGAUGCUGCCAUGAUUAGCCAGGAAUAGAGAAAAUUUAUGACAAACUUACCGUAAUUUUCUUUUCCUGGCUAUUUCUCAUGGCAGCAUCAGGGUUCCCGCCCAUUCUUUAUUUCAGCUUUAUAAUUGGACUGAGGUGUAGGGGGAGGAGGGACUCUUAUACCUAUCAGUCUGAUUAAUUAAUCUAAUUAAUUCCUGUCCUGUGACUGCUAAGGGAGGAGCUACCCAUAAGUGAUGCUGCCAUGAGAAAUAGCCAGGAAAAGAAAAUUACGGUAAGUUUGUCAUAAAUUUUCUCUAAUAUCACUGUUAUUGCUCCCACUGGAAGGCUAUUUCUGGUAUCUACUACCCUUUCUAUAUCACUGUUAGCCUUUACUGCUUCCACUGGAAGGCUGUUCUAGAUAUCUCCUGAUCUCGCUCUGUAUAAUAUAACUUCUGUUUGAACCAGAUGAAGAUUUCUCCAUUGUCCAGAAGGAGGUGUUGAUGUUAAAGGGCUGUGCACAUAGAAACAUCGUGGCCUAUUACAGCAGUUACAUAAGGUAGGAAGGUGUCAUGAGCGUUACUCAGCCUCAUUAUAAGAAGAAAAAUAUUUUGAUCAAAGUGUUUCAAAAAAUCCAUGAAUUUAAUUCACAAUUAUUAUAAUAACUGCAAUUCCUGCUUUGCUAAAAACCCGCUAAGCCGCUUCUUUAAGAUGUCAUUUUUUGAAAGUUUUUCUAAAACUAUAGCUCGGUUACAUAUUUUAUAUUCGUUAAUUCAAUAAAAUCUUUCAUUGUAAUAAGAAAUCCCCAACAGCUUGAUUUCCUCUGUAAUUAAUGCACACACCGAGCAACAAGGUGAACAUUUAAAGGACAACUGUCACCUCAAAACUAUUCUUUAAUAUAAUAAUCAUUUCAUCAGGUAUUGGAAGGAAACAUAUUUUUCAAAAUUAAUUAUUUUUUAAAAAGAAUGGUAAAACUCAUCCCCAUUACUAUACCUUUACUCAUCAUCUAUAUACAUGCUUGAAAGGAACACUAUAUCCACCAAAACAACUUCAUCUUAAUGAAGCAGUUUUGAUGUAUAGAUCAUGCCACUGAAAUCUGACUGUUCAAUUCUUUGCCAUUUCCGUGUUAAAUCACUUUUGUUUCUGUUUAUGCAGCCCUAGCAACAGCUCCCUUGGCUGUGACUGACACAGCCCGCAUGAAAACAAAAAGUUUAAUUUUCCAUCAAAUAUAACCUACUUUAAAAUUACUUAUCUCCUGCUCUGUAAAUUGAACUUUAGUCACAUACAGGAGGAUCUUGCAGGGUCUAGCAAACUAUAACAGAGAAGGAGAUAAUAAAUUCUACAUUAAACAGAAUUUGCAAUAAAGGAAGUUUAAACAAUAGGUGACUCUUUACAGGAAGCGUUAAGGAAGGCUGUGUAAGUCACAUGCAGGGAGGUGUGACUAGGGUUCAUAAACAAAGGGAUUUAACUCCUAAAUGGCAGAGGAUUUAGCAGUAAAACUUCAGGGACAUGAUGUAUACACCAAAACUGCUUCAAUAAGCUAAAGUUGUUUUGGGGGCUGUAGAAUCCCUUUAAGUCGGCCAGUUUGUUAGUUCCUAUGAUCUUCCUUGCUUCACUCGGUUCUCAGGAACAUUGACUGACUGUCUGUUUUCAAGCACUCUCCGAGCCAGGGUGCCGCCUGUGUAUGGCUCAAAAACCUAUCAUACACUAAAGGUAGAGGUGAGGUUUUCUUAUUUUUUACAUAUAUUUCCUUUUUUUUUUUUUAAAUCUACUUCCUUUCAAAACACGAAGAAAGGAUUAUUCUAUUAAAAAUAGUUUUGAGGUGGCAGUUGGUCUUUAAUUUGCAAUAUUCUAUGAAUAAUACUUGAUAAAAGAAACAAACAGUAAAGUCAACAGAAAUGAUAAAAAGUACAUUAACGUAAUUAACUCUUUGUCAUUUUAUGUGUUCGCUAUACAUUUACACGAGACAAACGAAAUGAACUCGGCAGUAAAGAGGUUAAAAAAGGCUUAUUUGCAUAAAACACAAAUACAUAACACACGAGACAUUUCUAGAAAUUACACCAUUAAAUACAUUUCGAAAAUCCCCUAUAACCUCAUUCUAAUGAGUUGCUUUGUUUUUCUUUAAAGUUUGCAUUAGAGAUUUACUAAAUGGCGUCAGAAUCCAGUCUAGUCCUGACGCAGAAACGUUGGGAUUUGGGUAUAAUAAAGUGUUGCUUUGCAAGUGAUUUUUCUAUUUCUUUCUAUUGAUUCCCUUAUUUGCAACAAAAUAUUCCUUACUGCCCUCUUGCGUCAUUUUUAUAUAUAUAUUUUCUUUUACAUUCUUUCAUUGUAUUGAGAUAUAGAAAUAAUCAUACAAUAGAUAAGAUCGGGGUUACAGCAAUAGUAUUCAUGGUACAAUUUGUAAGCGAAAGUCGAGUUCUAGCAAUAUGUAAGGUAGGGUAAACUCCUGUCUCAUAUUUUAUGUAGAAUAUUAAAUACAAACAAGCUUAAAUCACAUAUCAAAACUGAACAGGAACUGGUACACCUAUCCUGAUAGAAUCAGCGUCGGGUGCAGCGAGCCAGUCAACUCUAAUGAAUAAUUACUGUGCUGGUGGACACUGGAUAGAUACUCAUUCUAGCAAUUUAAACUCAAGCCGUAUUAUUGGACAAUGCUAAAAUAUCUUGUUGUGCCGACAGGACUGUGUGUUCAAUGCGAAUAGGGUACACCAGAACAAUACUAGCUCUAGACAUGGGGUACUAUACAGGUCAGCAUACUAAGCUUCAAGCUGGUUUUAGUAUGAAGUGUAAAAAGUCACAGCACUGCACCGCAUUAAACAUCAUAAAAAUAAUAAUAAACUGGAGCCUAGUCCUCCAAGGAAACCACCACAUCAGGAUGGGGUGCUCCUCCAUCCCCAGGCCAGUACGAGGGCCAGCAUCAGUAUGCCACAGAUCCUGAUACAGUUGAGGUCGAAAUCUAUCCCCUUCUGGGGGAGGUCAGAGGAUUGAGGGGAUAAUCGUCGCUUUCCACGGGCAAUCUUCCGCCUGUAUGGGCGAUGCAUUGAGACAAAACCUCGGGUGGCUCCCGGCCCAGGAAGCAGAGGAUGCAUUCACUUCUUUUUUUGUGUUUUGCCCUGAGGAGGUUCCUCCAUCUCCAGGCACAUGCCUUUCCGGUCUCCCUUUAGCUGUCAUAGGCUGUGUAGCGGGUAGGCAGCAUGGACCAGAACCGUUGGGAAAUUUUGUGGAGUCACAGCAAGCAGGGUGAAGUGGCAUCGUGGCAGGCCUUCUGUGUUCAACGUACACCAUGUGAGUCUGAUAGUGAGGAUGUCGCCAUCUUGGUAUGAUAGAGCAGGCUAGUAUCAGCUCUUUUUGAGCAGUAAGUACAGUUGCCACGGCCUGUAUGAAUACAGCGGGGACCAGGAUAUCCCUCAACGGUCCAAGCAGGGGUGGGGUAGGAGUUUGGCGGUUACAAAUUGCGAGCUGCAAAAUGAAAACAGCCGCCUCUCCCCCACUCUACUACCUUAAAGGUGGGAGAUUAAAGCAAACCUAUAUUGGUAUUAUACCACCCUGUCUACCCUAAUCUUAAGGAAUAGGGUUUUGCUAUCAAAACAGAUAAUGCUGGGUUUCUCUCUAAUGUAACGACCGCACGUUAUCAGGACAGGUUCAGACAGCGCUGGGUUCAAAUCUCAUGAAAUGACCUACAUAAUCAGGACAGGUUCAGACAGCGCGGGGUUUCUAUUAAUGUAAAACCGCACGUUAUCAGGACAGGCUCAUGGGUUAUAUCUAAUGUAAAACCGCACGUUAUCGGGACAGGCACAGGCAGUGCUGGGUUUAUAUCUGAUGUAAUGACCGUACGUUAUCAGGACUGGGUCAGGCAGUGCUGGGUUUAAAUGUAAUGUAAUGACCGUACGUUAUCAGGACUGGGUCAGGCAGUGCUGGGUUUAUAUCCAAUGUAAUGACUGUAUGUUAUGAGGACUGGGUCAGACAGCGCUGGGUUUAUAUCUAAUGUAGGGGAUCUGACCGCACGUUAUCAGGACAGGCUCAGGCAGCGCUGAGUUUAAAUCCAAUGUAAUGACCGUACGUUAUCAGGACAGGCUCAGGCAGCGCUGGGUUUAAAUCCAAUGUAAUGACCGUACGUUAUCAGGACUGGGUCAGGCAGUGCUGGGUUUAUAUGUAAUGAUCUGACCACAUGUUAUAAACAGUUGGGUUUGUAAUAUUUAAUUCUGUCUGUCAGGGUGAACAAGCUCUGGAUCUGCAUGGAGUACUGCGGAGGGGGUUCUCUUCAAGACGUGUAUCAAGGUAUUCAGUUUCUGCCUUUUAUAAGUCUAGUCUUUACUCCCUCUUUUUAUACUAGAAGGGAUGUGUGCAGGUGUAGUAUUGGGGUAUGCGGGUGUAGUGUGGAGGUGUGUUGGUGUAGUAUGGAGGUGUAUUUUGAUGUAGUAGGGAAUGUAGGUUUAGUAGGUGUGUGUGCUGGUGUAGUAUGGAGGUGUUUUGGCGUAGUGUGGAGGUGUGUUGGCGUAGUAUGGAGGUGUUUUUAUGUAUUAUGGAGGUGUGUUGGUGUAGUAUGGAGGUGUAAUUUGAUGUAAUGGGGAAUGUAGGUUUAGUAGGUGUGUGUGCUGGUGUAGUAUGGAGGUGUUUUGGUGUAGUAUGGAGGUGUUUUUAUGUAGUAUGGAUGUGUGUUUGUGUAGUAUGGAGGUGUGUUGGUGUAGUAUGGAGGUGUUUUUAUGUAUUAUGGAGGUGUGUUGGUGUAGUAUGGAGGUGUGUUGGCGCAGUAUUGGUGAGUGCUGGUUUCUAGUGAGAAAGAACUGAGCGUCUUUUAGAUGGAUGACCUUGCUGUUUAAUGCUGCUAUUGUUUCAUUUUAAAUGAUUUUUGCGUCCUUUUUUGCAUCAGUGACCGGAGCCCUCUCUGAGCAGCAGACCGCGUAUGUGUGCAGAGAGACCUUACAGGUAAGACAUUGUCAUCAGAGUAUGGGACAGACCAGCAGAUAUUGAUGGACAGACAGGAAGGCAUUGAUGGACAGGCAGGCAGGCAGACAUUGAUGGACAGGCAGGCAAACAGUGAUGGACAGGCAGGCAGACAUUGAUGGACAGGCAGGCAAACAGUGAUGGACAGGCAGGCAGACAUUGAUGGACAGGCAGGCAAACAGCGAUGGACAGACAGGCAGUCUGAAACAAUUAAGAAUCCCAAACGAGUAUAAUUUCUUACUGUGACUGUGUUGAAUAACUCUCUAUAGGAUGAUUAAACAGAGCAAUACACACUCACCCUUCCUUUUCCCUAUACACAGGGUCUUUUUUACCUCCAUAACCAGGGGAAGAUACACCGAGACAUUAAGGUAGGUACACCAAGACAUUAGGAAGGUGAUGGUGAUUUUAUUCCUACUUCCUUACUCUGUCCUCGUCCACGUUUUCAACAAAACAUGUAGAUUGCAAGCCCUCUGCUCAAACAAUGCAAACAAUACCAAUGUGAUUACAUUCCUUGUUCGUCUGUUUCAGGGAGCAAACAUCCUUCUCAAUGACAAAGGGGACGUUAAAUUAGGUGAGUGUCUGCUGUUGGGUACGAAAGAUCCCGGGCAGUUGAGUUUUGUCUUGAAGUUAAUUAUUUAUUACAAGAUCUUUAAUUAGCAGUCUGUGGGUGGUGCCAUCAAGUUUGUACCAAUGUUUUCGGCUUUCUCAGCCGCUCUGUUGUCGCCUCCCACACAGUCCCCCAGCUCCCAUCUUCCAUGACGCUCUUCUUUCUCUUUGCAGCGGAUUUUGGGAUAUCAGCGCAGCUCACGGCCACUUUCGCCAGGAGAAAUUCUUUUAUUGGGACGCCAUAUUGGUAACGAAAUAAUAAAGGGCCUAUAGUGUCAUGUACUGCUCAUAACUUUCUAUUUCCUUGUUAAUUCUUUAUUUUUUUUCAUCCUGCUUUGGAGUGAAAAUUCUGCUAAAUAAAAAAUGUUUUUUAAAAAAAAAAAAGAACAGACUUCGCACACAGAACUUUUUACCCUCACCCAAGUGGGCUCACAGAAAAGAGUGCAUCAUUUCAGGCUUAAUGAUUCAGUGGAUAAUAAAACCGGGAUAACCAACUGCCCAACUCAAUUAUUCUCAUUUUAUUGGCCUCAGAAUGGUUGAAGGCAUCUCUUCCACUGAGUCUGUCCACUUAAAAACGCCACUCAGUGCAAAAGUAUGUAAAUAGUAAGAAGCGCAGAGCUAUUCUAAGAAUUCGAUUUGCUAUACACCAAUAUAUUUAUGCAUAAAAAGACACAUUUUUACUUUAUACACCAAUAUGUAAAAAUCCCCAAACGCACAUGAGAAUAUUUAUACAUAACAGACGAUGUUCCGUAUUAGUGUCUCAAUUCAGAAUCCUGUGGUUAAAAUAUAAAUAUAGGAUAAAAGAAAAAAAAGAAAAUCAAAUAGUGCAUCCUGUCUGCCCUAAAAAUGAAAAAAGGACUUCGACUCACAUCUUAAUGAGCUGAAAAUACAGCUCACUUUAAGCGUUUUAGUCACAAAAUUCUAAGGAAUGUUCAGUGGUCACGAUAUUCCACCCAGAGUUUUAUUAAACGAAGAAAAAAGUACAGUCCCUCACUGACUAGUGAAGGAGAGUAUAAUGCGGCUUAAAUAAUGGGGUAACAGAUUACACUUUGAUGACUCAAAAUAUUGUUAUUGUGACACCCAGGUUAUUUAAACAAUAAAAAUGCAGAUAUUUGUCAGUUCUGUAAGUCAUCACUAUAAGCAGUUACAGAGUUCUUGGAGUGAGUCUCUAUCUGCUUUCCACAUGUAGAUCCUGAAAUUUGUCAUUUCUCUUCUUGGUCAAACUACUUCCACUCGGUGAGUUGGAUGGGAGUGCUCAGCAGACGGAUUGUCAGGUCUGUCCAGAGAUUCUCAUCAGACCCGGGCUGUGUACCUGCACUGCGCCUAACUGCGGGGAUCUUGAAUUAAGUUAAUGACAAACUAUGUAAUUAUUCGGUCAUCACACCAGGGAACCUUCUUCCACAUGUUCACAGAAUCUCCCAAAUGGCUUUUCUGCAAACUCCACGUUUUUGUCACAACUUAAAAAUAAUAGAAUUAAUACCAAGUUGUAACACUACAAAACAUAGAAAUGUCCGAAAGGGGUGAACUUGAAAUGGAAAAGCUAAACUUGAAGAUCUGCCAUGUUUAUUUAAUAUAAAAUUGACCCAAAAGGGGUUAUCUACAAUACAAAAUAUAACAACAAAAAGCCCAUAGAGAAGUAUUGUACAUAAAAUGGGGUGAGGUAUAAUGCAAUGAAAUUCACUCACAAACCCGAAUUGAUUGAAUGCAUAUCACUUAAAACUGAAGACGUUCUUCGUGACAAUUCAUUAGGAUGUGAGCCACUCUUGUAGGGACUCUGAGUGUUUCAGCCAGAAUUUUACGCAUGCUCCAAAACAGUGCUGAGGUAAAAUCUCUGAAUAAUAAAAGCUUUUCCUAACUCUGUAUAACUGAUCACAAAAAUAAGCUUUCAGAUGUGGGAUUGCAGGGUGUAUGUGUGUGUAAUGCACUUAAAGGGACACUCCAGGCACCCAGACCACUUCUGCCCAUUGGAGCUGUCUGGGUGCCAACUCCCACCACCCUUAACCCUGCAAGUGUAUCUAUCAGACAGCCACUAGAGGGAGGUCCGUGUUCUUAGAACACGAAAAUUGUUUUAAACGACGCUGGACGUGCUUACGCUAUGCAUGAGGACCUCCAGCGUUGCCGGAAUCCCCAUAGGAAAGCACUGAAUAAUGCUUUCCUAUGGGGAGGUCUAAUGCGUACGCGGCCAUUGCCGUGCAUGCGCAUUAUGUAUCCCCCACCGGCUGACGUCUGUGGGGGAGGAGCAUGGGCACAGCCUGACCAAGCGCCGAGGGACAUCGGCAGUAGGUUCAGGUAGGUCACUAAAGAGGUUUUAACCCCUUCAGCAACAUGGGGUGGGGUGGGGGUGGGGGGCACUGCAGGGUCCUGCAGUGCUAGGAAAACGGAUAUGUUUUUCUGGCACUGGAGAGUUCCUUUAAAGCAGUGUUCUUGACUACAGAGCUUACAAUAUUUUCUUGCAGGAUGGCUCCGGAAGUGGCGGCCGUAGAACUGAAAGGCGGUUACACAGAGCUAUGCGAUAUCUGGUCUCUUGGGAUCACAGCUAUUGAGCUUACAGAGCUGCAACCACCCAUGUUUCAUAUUCACCCUUUACGGUAGGUGUCGGGUCACUAAUUAUCGAACAGAAUCAAGAAAACCCUAAUCUUAAUUAAUGCGAGGAAUGAGCACAUUACAUAAAAACCAAGAGCUUCAAUUUAAAGUUACGUUGUUUCUUUAAUUAAGAUUACAGUAUCCUUCGUAUUGGAGAGUGGUGUUUGUUGAUUUAAUGGUGGGAUUUGUUGGGUGAUAUGGUGUUGGAAUUUCGCACACGCCGGUAGAUUUCUAUCACGAUGUAGGGUCUCACAGACAUCUUACUUUUUUCUAGCGUUCUAUUUUUGAUGUCCAAGAGUGGUUUUCAACCUCCAAAGCUUAAAGACAAGUCAAAAUGGUGAGUAUAGACUACUCCAAAGCAGUAAAUUCUUAAUGGCAAUCAGAGCAACGUCCACCGCCUUUCUAAAUUCUGGGGGGAGAUCAGAGGAUUAAGACAUUAUAGUAUUCAAAUAAACCUUCUGUAUUAUGACACACUAAUUAAUGACAAAUAAUCCAUCCUGCCGCAUAGUGUUAUUGGCAGAACUGAUUACAGCUGGUCUAGUAGGAAAUAAACACCCGUCAACAGGUCAAGAACAAAAACAAUUCAAAGCUUAAAUUUAACAAAGCAAUAUGUUCGAGUAUAUACAAAAUGUGCAAAAAAAAAAAUAUUAAAUGAGAACAUACAAACUAUACAAUACUGUGGGAACAAUGCAAAUAUUUAAAUGUACUAAAUAUGGUUGAAAUUUUGAAAAGAUGGAAAAAAGGAAUAAAAAUAUUGCCUUGUGUCGCAAACCCCUUAAAAUGAGAAAGAGGUUCAAUUCAUCAACUGAAAGAAGACCCAUGAUGUAAUAUUAAAUGAAAUGAUAGACACUGGGUGGAGGUAGGUUAUCAGACCCCACGUUGAUGUAAUAUUAAAUGAAAUGAUAGACACUGGGUGGAGGUGGGUUAUCAGACCCCACGUUGAUGUAAUAUUAAAUGAAAUGAUAGACACUGGGUGGAGGUGGGUGAUCAGACCCCACAUUGAUGUAAUAUUAAAUGAAAUGAUAGACACUGGGUGGAGGUGGGUUACCAGACCCCACGUUGAUGUAAUAUUAAAUGAAAUGAUAGACACUGGGUGGAGGUGGGUUACCAGACCCCACGUUGAUGUAAUAUUAAAUGAAAUGAUAGACACUGGGUGGAGGCGGGUUAUCAGACCCCACGUUGAUGUAAUAUUAAAUGAAAUGAUAGACACUGGGUGGAGGCAGGUUACCAGACCCCACGUUGAUGUAACAUUAAAUGAAAUGAUAGACACUGGGUGGAGGUAGUUUAUCAGACCCCACAUUGAUGUAAUAUUAAAUGAAAUGAUAGACACUGGGUGGAGGUGGGUUAUCAGACCCCACGUUGAUGUAAUAUUAAAUGAAAUGAUAGACACUGGGUGGAGGCGGGUUAUCAGACCCCACGUUGAUGUAAUAUUAAAUUAAAUGCUAGACACUGGGUGAAGGCGGGUUAUCAGACCCCACGUUGAUGUAAUAUUAAAUGCUAGACACUGGGUGGAGGCGGGUUAUCAGACCCAACGUUGAUGUAAUAUUAAAUGAAAUGCUAGACUGGGUGGAGGCGGUUAUCAGACCCCACGCUGAUGUAAUAUUAAAAUGAAAUGAUAGGACACUGGUGGAGGCAGGUUACCAGACCCUACGUUGAUGUAAAUAUUAAAAUGAUAGACACUGGGUGGAGGUAGGUUAUCAGACCCCACGACCCCACGUUGAUGUAAUAUUAAAUGAAAUGAUAGACACUGGGUGGAGGUGGGUUACCAGACCCCACGUUGAUGAAAUGAUAGACACUGGGUGGAGGUGGGUUAUCAGACCCCACGUUGAUGUAAUAUUAAAUGAAAUGAUAGACACUGGGUGGAGGUAGGUUAUCAGACCCCACGUUGAUGUAAUAUUAAAUGAAAUGAUAGACACUGGGUGGAGGUAGGGUUAUCAGACCCCACGUUGAUGUAAUAUUAAAUGAAAUGAUAGACACUGGGUGGAGGCGGGUUAUCAGACCCCACGUUGAUGUAAUAUUAAAUGAAAUGAUAGACACUGGGUGGAGGCGGGUUAUCAGACCCCACGUUGAUGUAAUAUUAAAUGAAAUGAUAGACACUGGGUGGAGGCGGGUUAUCAGACCCCACGAUGAUGUAAUAUUAAAUGAAAUGAUAGACACUGGGUGGAGGCGGGUUAUCAGACCCCACGUUGAUGUAAUAUUAAAUGAAAUGAUAGACACUGGGUGGAGGCGGGUUAUCUGACCCCACGUUGAUGUAUAUUAAAUGAAAUGAUAGACACUGAGGCGGCCCAGACCCCACGUUGAUGUAAUGUUAAAUGAAAUGAUAGACACUGGGUGGAGGCGGUUACCAGACCCCAAGUUGAUGUAAUAUUAACCCCUUAAGGACACAACUUGAAAAAAAGGAAUCAUGACAGAAUAUUUCCAUCAUGUGUCCAAGGGGUUAAAUUAAAUGACAGACACUGGGUGGAGGUGGGUGAUCAGACCCCACGUUGAUGUAAUAUUAAAUUAAAUGAUAGACACUAGCUAGAGGUGGGUAAUCAGACCCCACGUUGAUGUAAUAUUAAAUUAAAUGACAGACACUGGGUGGAGGUGGGUGAUCAGACCCCACGUUGAUGUAAUAUUAAAUUAAAUGAUAGACACUAGCUAGAGGUGGGUAAUCAGACCCCACGUUGAUGUAAUAUUAAAUUAAAUGACAGACACUGGGUGGAGGUGGGUGAUCAGACCCCACGUUGAUGUAAUAUUAAAUUAAAUGAUAGACACUGGGUGGAGGUGGGUAAUCAGACCCCACGUUGAUGUAAUAUUAAAUUAAAUGAUAGACACUGGGUGGAGGCGGUUGAUCAGACCCCACAUUGAUGUAAUAUUAAAUGAAAUGAUAGACACUGGGUGGAGGUGGGUUAUCAGACCCCACGUUGAUGUAAUAUUAAAUUAAAUGAUAGACACUGGGUGGAGGUGGGUGAUCAGACCCCACAUUGAUGUAAUAUUAAAUGAAAUGACAGACACUAGCUGGAGGUGGGUAAUCAGACACGUUGAUGUAAUAGGCUGAUAUGUAAGAUGUUACAGUAAUGUAUAGAAACAGUUGGUUGUAUUGCUUUGCUGUGUCCGUUCAUAUAGGAAACACAUUCCCAACUCAAUGCUUUCUCUUUCAGGUCUGGAGGAUUCCACAACUUUAUAAAGGUGACAUUAACAAAAAGCGCCAAGAAGAGACCCAGCGCCUCUAAACUGCUGACUGUAAGUGCCUCAGUAAUUAGGGAAAACACUAAUUAUACAAUAAGGUGCAAUAAAAAUAUAGUCUCUAAUAAUACAUUAAGCUGUUAUAAUAUACUGAGCUGUAAUAAUACAUUAAGCUGUUAUAAUAAGCUGUGAUAAUAUGCUAAACUGUUAUAAUAAAAUGAGCUGUAAUUCUAGAAUAAGCUGUAAUAAUAUACUCAGCCGUUAUAGUACAAUAAGCUGUGAUAAUAUGCUAAACUGUUAUAAUAAAAUGAGCUGUAAUUCUAGAAUAAGCUGUAAUAAUAUACUUAGCAGUAAUAGUACAAUAAUCUGUAGUUUUAAAUGUUUGCUCAAUCCAUAUGGAAAACGACUGUUUUAUUUUGCAUUUAUGUUCCAUCUUUGUAUUUCACUUCUCCAAUAAAUCUUAUAGUAGGUCUAUUAAAUGAAAAAACUACAUUCCUCAGGCUUUAAUUUAGAAUCCUAUGCGGAGCACUGUCACACGUCUAUAAGGUGUUUCUACUUUAUAUCCAAAGAAAGUUAGUAUUUCACCCCAUUGCAUAAAAUGACACUCAUUCUCGGUUUUCUCAACAUUCUUAUAGAUGUCGAGGAUUAAUAUCAGAGGUCUCCUCACUUUUCCCCUGAUUUUUGUCCUCACAGCACCAGUUUGUCGCUCAGCCCGGACUCAACGCUUCUCUCACCCAGGAAUUGCUGGAGAAGUUACGAAAUCCUGAGAAGCAGAGGGAAACUCCUUACCCAGAGGAAGAAGAGGAUUUUGAGGAGGUGAAGGAGGUUUCAGCUAAUAUUUUAGAUGGAUCUACAACUGUGGCAUGGUCACCAGUGGUCUGGUGGGUGGAGCAUGUGGUCUUUAGUACUGGUGGGUGCAGACUACUUUUAGAACACCCUCUGGUCCUGCAUCAAUUAGAGCACUCAGGAUGAUAACCUAGAUGUGGUGCUCUGAAUCACAGAAAAAAACAGACUUAGAAGAAUUGACAGUGAUGUGCUCCCACUAGAUGUGAAAACCACCCUUACUCAUGUUAGUAACAGUUGCUGUUCCUAUCAUUAGUAUUUUUUGAUCUUCCCAUCUACAGGGAGCUGUAAGAGUUAAUCUAUAAGCUGGAGGUCCAGGCAGAUGCUCAACUCUCUCCGUUGGCUGUAAAAGUAUAGUUUCUUAUACUAACUAAACUCUUAAUAUCCUUUUAUUCUGACAGGUCCAUCCAACAUUCUCUCGCAUCCUUUCAAAAAACCGCCACUCCAAAGCCAGCCGUUCUUCUUCAGACAUACAGCGUAGGUACUGGUGGAUAUGAGAAGGACUUGAUGAAGACUUUCUGAAUGCAUGCAGUCUAAUGAUUUCUUUGUGCUCUAUCUUUCUAAGUGCGCCAGAUCCAUUUCCAGAAUUUGGCCGUAAAGGAGGGGGUAGAAUUUGGAUUCUCAUUGGUAAGAAUGAUUUCAAUAUUUCUCUAACAUGCAUAUCCAUGUACUACAUCACCAACCCAUCUCACUGCUACCAUCACACCCCAGCCCAUCUCACUGCUACCAACACACCCUUACCCAUCUCACUGCUACCAUCACACCCUCAAUCCAUCUCACUGCUACCAUCACACCCUCAAUCCAUCUCACUGCUACCUUCACACCCUAACCCAUCUCACUGCUACCAUCACAUCCCUAACACAUCUCACUGCUACCAUCACACCCUAACCCAUCUCACUGCUACAAUCACACCCUCAAUCCAUCUCACUGCUACCAUCACACCCUAACCCAUCUCACUGCUAUCUUCACACCCUAACACAUCUCACUGCUACCAUCAUACCUCAACACAUCUCACUGCUACCAUCAUACCUCAACACAUCUCACUGCUACCAUCAUACCUCAACACAUCUCACUGCUACCAUCAUACCCCAACCCAUCUCACUGCUACCAUCACACCCUCCUCCAAUCUCACUGCUACCAUCACACCCUCCUCCAAUCUCACUGCUACCAUCACACCCUCCUCCAAUCUCACUGCUACUAUCACACCCCAAUCCAUCUCAAUGCUAACAUCACACCCCAAUUUAUCUCAAUACUACCAUCACACCCCAACCCAUCUCACUGCAACUAUCACACCUCAACCCAUCUCACGGCUACCAUCACACUCUCCUCCAAUCUCACUGUGACGGACUGCCUGGCACUCCAACUGGGUACCUCUGUCAAUCGCUGCUUCCUAGUACUUGUGAGCACCAUAAGCACUGUACUGGAAAACCAUAACCACCGUAGACUCCCACAAACCGCCGCAGCUUGGUUAGGGAUCUCGUCGUCCCUGGACCCAAGACCAGGAUCCAGCUUCCAGUGGGUAGACCUCUCCUAGUCCAGAGAGCGUAGCAGGAACAGCUCUUAAAAGAGCUAGUGAUUAUACUCCAGAGAGUAUUGUGAUAUAGCAAUUCCCUGAGUGUAUGUAGUUCUCCAAUUCCCCAAACAUGAGCCAAUACUUGACCUUUUAUGACAAUCCCUGUGCAAUGGGUACACCCACAUGGACCUUGUUGGGGACUCCGACACAAAGACACAGACCAAUAAGAGCAGUGAUUUAAAUGCACGACACUCCCAUACACAGCACACAAUCCCUCCCAUCUCGCUGCUACCAUCACACUUUCCUCCAAUCUCAUUAAUACCAUCACACCCUAACCCAUCUUGCUGCUACCAUCACACCUCAACCCAUCUCGCUGCUACCAUCAAACCCCAACCCAUUUCACUGUAACCACUACAAUUAGUUAUUUAUGGUAUUAAUGCUUAGACUGUCCUCUAAGGUUAAUUAUAGAGUGAUCUCAGGGGUAAACCAGUAGCUGUGCAUUGGAAUCACUCAUUAAUUCAUAAAAUGUCUGACUAUGAAUAACUACUACACACACUGUUAUCAGUAGAUUCAGCUUUACGUGCAAAUCCAUGCAGUCCAUUUCAAUAAAUUUGUCAUGAUUCUGUUAUCAUAUUUUUUUUACUAUCUAUAUUUGGAUUUUUUAUUACACUUGGUAAUCUGUAUUGAGUACAAGUCAGUGUUUGUCACAGAUAUAUAUGUAUAUGUAUGUAUAUGUAUGUGUGUGUGUGUAUAUGUGUGUAUAUGUGUAUGAAACACGUUUAUGUAAGACGCUUCUCACAUUUCUCAUACCGUUAUAUAUGUCUUUUCUCCAGAAUAAAUCGUUUGAAGGAGAAAGUGAUGUAUGUCAAGCUGUGUCUGGCCGAACGCCCUGCAUCAGGUGAGCUUUGAGGCUGGGAGAGAAGUCACAAAGGACUUUUUCACUGAACCAUGAACAAUGUAUCAUGCUAUGUGUGAUAAUCCCAUCUGUCCAUUAAUACGUGUUUAGCUUAUAAGGAAGGUAAAAAUGUUAGUCAUGACACCCCAUUUAGAUUGGGGAGCAGGAUUAUGGGAACCAUCAGAUAAGGUCGAACCUCUAGUUUCCAUUUAGAGAUUUUUACCUCAAACAAAGGGUUAAAUGCACAGGAAAUGUAAUGAAGAACUGCCCUGGGUGUUGAACGAGCCGAGACGAUGGACUCUGUAUUGCUUGUUUGUUGUGUAUAUGUAAAAUUAUAAAUUUAUUAAAAUUGCAGGGGAGAAGACUCAGAUGAUGAUGACGAUGAUGAUUACGAUGAUGUUGAUAUGUAAGUUUGCAGGGAAAUAAGAGCCUCUUCCUUCUCAGUUAGUGAGACCAUCCGCCUCAGCAACUUGACUCCACUCCUCACUUAUUUUCAUUUACAGCACUUUGAUGGCAAAUGAGAAGGUUAAGUACUGGUUUUAACAAUGUUGCUCACUAGUGCCACCUUCCUGAUUUAUAUGGUGAUGUAGAAACCAAGUUGGAGAGUGUUGGCACAUAGCAGCAAAGAACAGGCCAGUGCCAUUCAUGAAAUGGCCUCCAGAGGGUAAAUAAAUAUAGCAGAAAGUGCACUGUUUGCAGGGUCCAAAUAUUAAACCUGUAUUACAUCCUUAUCGGAGUUUGGGCGAAAGACCAUAUUUUAGGCUAUAGUCUAGUAUGGAGCAUUUUCUAAAACUGUAUUUGAUCUUUCUUCCCACAGACCGAGUGCUGUUGAUCCCAGUAUUGACAUAUUGCCAUCCGAGGAAGUCCCCCCUCCUCUCCCACCCAAGGUGAGGCAGAUACCCCACUUUGUUGUUUACCCGUCCCCUACACUGUAAUUUAUAUUCAUUCCCUCCUCCUGUCUCUGCCCCACAUGCAGCCCAGAUUCCGCACCUCGUCCGCUGAAGCCAGCAUGAAGCCGAACAGAUUACAUACUCCUCCCACGCUGGUGCGGUGCUCUAGUGGUCCCAGCGUCCCCAGGAACGCAGAGCAGGCAUGGCCGCAGUGUGUAUGGAACCCGCUACCUGCUGCAAGCUCUGGUGAGGAUAGGAUGCAGGCCGUGGGGAGGGAUAGGGUUCAUGUGAACCAGGAUUAGUUUAACAGAUCAGGCUAGAGUCGAGCUCCAUAACAAGCAGCAGUAAUCAUUCCUCAUUAGAAUAGCAACCAUGAAUAACCAUCAAGGCAAGAUUACACCUAAAUUCUAAGGAAAAACAGCAUUAUGGCAGACAUAUGUCGCAAUUUAAUAAACUUUAUAAAAGAUUCAAUACUAUUAGAAAUACUUUUUUAAAUUAAUUAUCGAAAACCCCCAUAGACGUUAACAGUGACUCCUGUAGAUAAAUCAUUUGAAAAGUUCUUGUCUUUUUAGCAGAUUAUGAUCAUUUGAGAAGCUUAUUAAAUUGACGUGUUUUUUUUUAUAUAUAUCCAUAUAGUUUUUGAAAAUUUUUACGUUUUGAAAAACUAAAUAGUUUUAAAAGUUUACCCAAAGAUCAUUUUAAAUUAUUUAAUUAAACAAUAGUAGAUCAAGACUCCGGAUGUGAACACUGGAUUCGCUGACUCUUUUAGUCGUGGAUAACCGUAACUUGCUGUAUUUGCCAUCUGCCAAGUUUCCCCCCUGGUUUUUGAAGGCUUAGACUAGGGCACGGGAUCACAAAUCUAUCUGUUUAAAAACAAACAAAAAAAAACAGUUUCAGUUCAUGGAAAUGCCAUGGAAGUGGUCAGGAGCUGACGCAAGCUUCGCUCCCGCCUUAUUCAUCUUAUUAAUGGGAUUUUGCAUAUUAUAAACCUAGAAGCUCUUCACAAGGUGGAACCCACCAAGGCUGCACUUUGGUGGGUUCCUGCUCAGAUCUCGAGCUGGUUUAAGCUCAUCUUGUGCCAAUACAAAAAGAGCCAGGGUCAUUUGCAUAUCAGACUGAUCCCACCCAAAAGGGUAAUCCAGAUCUGAAAUUCAGGUUGUCUCUCUCUGCACGAGAGAUGCAGCAAUCCCAGAUGAUCGUUUCAGCCUUGUAAGGCCUCGUCAGUGAGGUACAGCUGACCCCUUGGUCACGGUGCCUAGAGGAGAAUCAGCAUUUUGGAUCUGUUCCGCUCUUUUGGGUGGGAUCAGUCUGAUCUGCAAAUGGACCGGUUCUUUUUGUAACGGCACAAGAUGAGCUAAAACCAGCUUGAGAUCUAAGCUGGGACCCACCGAAUGGCAGGUUAUUUGAGCUAUUGUCCUUUCUCAGUAUUCUCUUGCACCUUGUUUUUUUAGAAACUAUUCACUAAGUAUCAAAUUGGUGAGUACUGACGACUGAAUGAUACAAUUCACGUUAAGGUUGCUCUUAUUUUGUAUUGUACCUCAAACUAUUUUUAGAGAGAUAUCUUUACUAUUAUACAACAGAAAAAUAAAUGAUGUCCUUAGCAAGAGGGGGUGAGGUAUGCGAGGAUCUAUAAUGUUAUACAAUAGAGGAGUGAUAGAAUGUGUCCUUAAGGUAGGGGAGGGAGAUCUGAUAGAAGGAGAUAGAAUGGGCCAAAGAAGGAUGCAAAGCUAACAAUAUAGGGACAUUCUGUUAAUAUUUUCUGGCAUCCACUAAACCGUUCUCUUCAUUUCAGAGCCAUCUCUUGUAAUACAAGAUCUUCCAUCUAGACCUCCACCAACUUUACCCCCGAAAAACAGAAAAAAUCAGGUAAAUCCCAUCACGUGGAUGCUAUAUCUUUAGAUAUCGCCCUUCUGCUGACAAAGGAUUUUGUGAAGGCUCUCGUACCAACAUAUUUCAAUCUGAAAAUGUUCUCAAAUAAGUUUCCCUACCAAAAGUAAUUUUUUUUAUCAAACUAAUCGCAAUCCGUCCAGAUUUUGGGCGAUCACCAAUUCAUCGUAAUUCUGGAACUCCAUAAUGCCAUAUGGGUGUAGCACGAAACAAAUGAUGUGGGCAAUCAAGGGAGACUUUUUGAUCGCUUCAUGAUUCUAAUGUCCGUCGCACCAGAAAAAGGGAAGGAAGUGCAGAAAAAGAUUAUUUGGGAGGAUGGGGGAGAUAAGUGUCUUGUCCCUUGAUUUAAUAAACUUUCAAUACAAAUGAUGUAUCUACAGAAAUCACCAUUAAAAUCUAUGGGAAUGUUUGUAUUUUUUUUUUUUGGAAAUGAUUUAGAAAUUACUUUAACAAUAAUAAAUCAUUUAAAAAGCUUAUUAAUUUUGCAUACGCUUUCCAAAUGAUUUCAUAAUUUUGGAUAAACUUUUAAAAUCAUUUUUCAACAUAUUAAAAUAUUAAAAAAUAUAUAUCAUAUACAGAACAAUAAUUAUGAAAAUAUUGCAAAAUGAAAACAUUUUCAUAAAUUAAAAAAGUGUAUCCAAAAAAGAUGAAAUAAUUUAGAAAACAUAUCCAGCAAUAUUAAAUUGAGGCAAUAGUUUGUCGUGAUGGUCAAGAGGUCUGCCCAAUUAUGUGGUCUUUGUCUCCUAUCCAAUUAAGAGAUGGGAAAAAUGAGAUGGUUGAUGGUUAGGGCACAGUAACUAAAUGUUGAUUUUAUUCACAGAUCAAAUGCGAAGUGAGCAAUAGUGGGGACAAAGAGAGGAACAAUAAUGUAAAAAAAAUAUAUAUAUUUACAAGCAGGAAUUUGCAGACAAAUCGACUUCAGUUACUGAUGAGAGACCAGCAGUGAUUGUGUGUUUUUACUUAUCACUGUGUCUGUGUCAUUGAGCUUAGUGUGAGGCUGGUGACAUGGUUAAGUUACUGCUCUGCCUAGCCACUGCCAGUGCCGCUUACACCAACUUUGAUGCACUGAUUUAGAAUUAUUUCACAGUUUUUUUUUUUUCAGAUUAUAUGAUUUGUAGUGUGCUUCUAUGCCACUGCUUGGGUUUUGCAAGUUGCAAUACUCACAAUUGGCAUUGCAAAAAUACAUGAUAGUGCCUGUCCAUUAGGCUAGGUAAUAGUUAGCCGGUUUUGCAUUGCAGACACUUUUUCACUCUGUUUUGGUUGGCCAAAAUAGUUUUUCCUGAAAUGAUAGCAUUCACAAAAUUCAUCAAAACCAACAUAUUUUUCUAGACAAAUCAGAUCAGAUGAACCAAUUUUUUUUGUUUCGUACACAAGUCUAACACUACUAUGUUAGUCCCCCAUAGUAUAUAUGUAUCCCUGAGUACUGUGCAAGUCCCCCAUAGUAUAUAUGUAUCCCUGAGUACUGUGCAAGUCCCUCAUAGUAUAUAUGUAUCCCUGAAUACUGUGCAAGUCCCUCAUAGUAUAUAUGUAUCCCUGAGUACUGUGCGAGUCCCCAUAGUAUAUUUGUAUCUCUGUGUACUGUGUGAGUCCCCCAUAGUAAAUAUGUAUCUCUAAGUACUGUGUGAGUCCCCCAUAGUAUAUAUAUCCCUGAGUACUGUGUGAGUCCCCCAUAGUAUAUAUGUAUCUCUAAGUACUGUGUGAGUCCCCCAUAGUAAAUAUGUAUCCCCGAGUACUGUGUGAGUCCCCCAUAGUAUAUAUAUCCCCGAGUACUGUGUGAGUCCCCCAUAGUAUAUAUAUCCCUGAGUACUGUGUGAGUCCCCCAUAGUAUAUAUAUCCCUGAGUACUGUGUGUCCCCCAUAGUAUAUAUAUCCCUGAGUACUGUGUGAGUCCCCCAUAGUAUAUAUGUAUCUCUAAGUACUGUGUGAGUCCCCCAUAGUAUAUAUAUCCCUGAGUACUGUGUGAGUCCCCCGUAGUAUAUAUGUAUCUCUAAGUACUGUGUGAGUCCCCCAUAGUAAAUAUGUAUCCCCGAGUACUGUGUGAGUCCCCCAUAGUAUAUAUAUCCCUGAGUACUGUGUGAGUCCCCCAUAGUAUAUAUGUAUCCCUGAGUACUGUGUGAGUCCCCCAUAGUAUAUAUUUCCCUGAGUACUGUGUGAGUCCCCCAUAGUAUAUAUGUAUCUCUGAGUACUGUGUGAGUCCCCCAUAGUAUAUAUGUAUCUCUGAGUACUGUGUGAGUCCCCCAUAGUAUAUAUGUAUCUCUGAGUACUGUGUGAGUCCCCCAUAGUAUAUAUCCCUGAAUACUGUGUGAGUCCCCCAUAGUAUAUAUAUCCCUGAAUACUGUGUGAGUCCCCCAUAGUAUAUAUAUUCCUGAGUACUGUGUGAGUCCCCCAUAGUAAAUAUAUAUCCCUGAAUACUGUGUGAGUCCCCUAUAGUAUAUAUGUAUCCCUGAAUACUGUGUGAGUCCCCCAUAGUAUAUAUCCCUGAGUACUGUGUGAGUCCCCCAUAGUAAAUAUAUAUCCCUGAAUACUGUGUGAGUCCCCUAUAGUAUAUAUGUAUCCCUGAAUACUGUGUGAGUCCCCCAUAGUAUAUAUCCCUGAAUACUGUGUGAGUCCCCCAUAGUAUAUAUCCCUGAGUACUGUGUGAGUCCCCCAUAGUAUAUAUCCCUGAGUACUGUGUGAGUCCCCCAUAGUAUAUAUCCCUGAGUACUGUGUGAGUCCCCAUGGAAUACACACUGGGCACUGUGUAAGCCAAUGGUUAAAAUAUAUCACAGGUAUUGUAAGCAUGAUUACCUGUAAGUCUGGUCCUCUGUUCCCCUGUGAUAUUUUGUAUAUUUUUCAGAAAGAAACCAAAUUUAAAAAGAUUUUUAAUGGAUGCCCUUUGAAAAUCCAUUCAGCCACGUGCUGGGAUCAUCCUACAACAAAAGGUAUGUGCAGUUCCGGGAUAGUCUCACCGGUGCUGUGCCCCGGGACAGAGUCAUUGAUCACUGUUCUAUCUAUUCCAGAUUCACACAUUAUCCUGGGAUGUGAAGAAGGAAUCUUCACCCUGAACAGAGCUGAAUCAGAGGCUUCUCUCGAACUGGUAAGAUCUACUAAAGUCUGUUAGUGAGGUUCCAGUAUGAUAAUGGCCUCCAUCAUAUUUAUUAUGUAUUUAUUUAUUCUGGUCAUUGACAAACAAAGGUUUUCCUUGUCCUGCUGUCUAAUCUAGCUGUUCCCCGGCCGGACGAUAUGGGUCCAUUCUAUCAACAAUGUUUUAAUGUCCAUUUCUGGUAAGAAAAGAUAUAUAUAUUUAUAUUAAUUUUAGUCCCUGUGUUACGAGCACGUCACUCACUAUCUCAUGUCACUGCCAGGUAAAGCGUCCCACCUGUAUUCUCACAAUCUGACAGCCCUCCACGAGCAGUCACGCAGAGAGUCACGACUGGUUCACAUUUCCACACACAGACUUCUUCCCAGGUACUUCUACUUGGGCACUCCAACCCUGGGUAUUUCAACCCUGUGUACACUGACCCUUGGAAAUCCAACCCUGGUUCCUCCUAGCUGGGUACACCUGCCUGAGUACUCUGACCUUGGUUACUCCGAUCUAGGUACUCCGGGCCUGGUAACUCAUAUCUGGGUACUCCGGGCCUGGUAACUCAUAUCUGGGUACUCUGACCCUGGUUACUCCUAUCUGGGUACUCUGACCCUGGUUACUCCUAUCUGGGUACUCUGACCCUGGUUACUCCUAUCUGGUUACUCUGAUCCUGGUUACUCAUAUCUGGGUAGUCUGACCCUGGUUCCUCCAAGCUGGGUACACCAACCUUGGUUACACCUGCCUGGGUACUCUAACCCUGGUUACUCCUAUCUGGGUACUCUGAUCCUGGUUACUCAUACCUGGGUAUUCUGACUCUGGGUACUCUGAUCCUAUCUGGGUACUCUGACCCUGGUUACUUCUGCCUGGGUACUCUGACCCUGUUUACUUCUAUCUGGGUACUCUGAUCCUGGUUACUCCUAUCUGGGUACUUUGACCCUGGGAACUACUGGUAGAUGUUUACCCAGUAGUAGAUAGAAGCUGGAAGUAGAGAAUGGAUCAGAAUUAAAGAACAUGGGAGAUUAGGGGUAGCUGGGCACAGGAAUGGGAGAUUAGGGGUACAUGGGCACAGGAACGGCACAUAAAGGGGUAACUUAGAGAGAGAAUGAAAUUGACGGUUGAGUUUUUUUUUUUUUUUUUACCCCUUAUUACAGGAGGAAAUCCACAUCCAGCAAAGUGCCAGACACUAAAGGCAGCAAGAAGUGUUGUGUAGGUGAGUGCUUUCCAUAUAAAGAAAAUAUUUUGUUUCUCUUUGUUAAUUUUCAGAAGCAAAACAAAAUUUGGAAGCUAUUAUUCUCAUUAUUCCAAAAGGUAUCAAAGUUUUAGCAAAUGCUGUUUAGCAGAUAGCUCCCUAAUUUGGUAAUCCCACAUAAGAGUACCAAAUUAGGGAGCUACGUAGUAAGCACAGUCAAGAGAUCGAAAUUCAUCAAAGUGCCUUGUUUUGUCUUAAUUUUGAUCUUUCAGGUUGGUUGAUCGCUCCAUAAUUUUCCUUAAAAUACCAUUCACACCUAAGGGUACCAAAUGAAGGAGUUAUUUACUAACAGCUCCCUAAUUUGGUUCCCUUAAAUAUGGCAAUCCCACUGAAUGAAUUCGGGAACUAAUCAAAACAAAUUCUUUUGGAUCCAUUUGUUUCUAUAAGGAGAACAAACUAGGGGCUUAUCUACUAAGCAAUCAGAACAGCAAACAUAAGAAAAAUCCAUUCGCAGAUAAGUCCCUAGUUUGCUGUCCUUAUAAAAACAAAUGGAUCUGAAAUCAUUUGUUUCCAUUUGUUCCAAAUUGGUUUGUUUCAUUUUGUAAAGAAUUUAGAAAUGUUCACUGUUCAGCUUUCAAGUUAAACAAAUGAAACGAAAAUCUCUCUCUCUCAUUCAUACAUGGUCUAACACAUUACUCGCUCUGUCUCUCUCUGUCGGUCAUACAUUGAAUCCGGUUCCUCUGCUCUCUAUCAGUUCACAAUGCUGCAUGUGACACCUGGUUCUUGUGUGUUGCCCUGGAGAGCAGUAUCCUCCUCCUAGAAUGGUACCAACCUCUACAAAAGUUCAUGUUGCUCAAGGUAACAGAUUGAACCCCCAAAUAAGUCUAACUUCUCUAACACCGAAUGAGUAUGACAUUAUAUCAAUGUAGUCACACUCUACAGAAUGGAGCGUCUUACCCAUUUAGCAUUAGCUGGGCUCUCUAGAAUGGAAUGUCCUACUCAUGUAGCGUUACAUGGGCUCUGUAGAAUGGAAUGUCCUACUCAUUUAGCAUUAGCUGGACUCUCUAGAAUGGAAUGCCCUACUCAUUUAGCGUUAGUCAGGCUCUGUAGAAUGGAAUGUCCUACUCAUUUAGCAUUAGCCGGGCUCUACAGAAUGGAAUUUCCUACUCAUUUAGCAUUAGCCGGGCUCUACAGAAUGGAAUGUCCUACUCAUUUAACAUUAGCCGGGCUCUAUAGAAUGGAAUGUCCUACUCAUUUAGCAUUAGAUGGGAAUGGAAUGCCCUCUGCAUUUAGCGUUAGAUGGGUACUAUAGAACGGGAUGUCCUACUCAUUUAGCGUUAGCUGGGCUCUAUAGAAUGGAGUGUCCUACUCAUUCUGUGUCAGUCAGUUCUACUCAUUUAGCAUUUGCCAGGCUCUAUAGAAUUGAAUGUCCUACUCAUCGGUGAUUGUUCAUGUCUACUUUCUCUUUUUAGCACUUUGAUUUCCCCUUGCCCUGCCCCCUGAAGCUUUUCCAGAUGUUUGUAGUCCCAGGGGAGCAGUACCCACUGGUAUGUAUUGGGGUUCAGAAAGGUUCUGCCCCAGGUGCUCGAGUUCAGUUUCAAACCAUCAACCUGAAUUCAUUAACAUCAUGGUUCACGGACUUCAGUGCUGGUAAGAGAUCUUGUGUGUUGAUGUAUAUCAGUGUGCAUGUAUAUCAGAGUGUGUGUGGAGGGGGGGCAUAUUGCAUAUAUGAAAAGUAUUACUGAAGAUGUAUUGUGUUUUUAUUGUAAUUAUUAUUUGCAGACAGUCCAUGGGCUGGGCCAGUACAACUGAUACAGACAAGCAAUGAAAGUAUCUUGGUGCUGACAGAUAGUAAGACUAAUUUAUAUCGAACAAACAUCCAAACUGUAUGGAAUUUCUGGAAAUAAAUCUUUCUGCUGCUAUAAUCCCUUAACUUCCAUGUCUACUUCUUCAAUUUCCUUCAUUAAAAAGGCAUAUCCACUAUAUGCGGUCCCUAUCCCUCAAACAUUUUCUCUUCUACUCCUAUCUUUCAACCUCCCUCUCUUCUGCUCCAGUACCCAUCUCCCUUCAUGCUGUCUCACAAACUCCAUGUCCGUCACAAUCCCUGGUUCUAUCAAUCACACUCCUUGAUGUUCUUGUUAUCCUUGGACCUCGCUUUUCUGCUGGUUAAGUCCCUAAAUCACCCUGUUUUCUGCUCUUCUUGUCUGCUGUCCCAAUCUGUGAGCCUUGCUCACAGUAACUGAUCUUCACUGUUAUUGCUCCUGGCUAUGACUGUGCCAAAACUGACUUUUAUUUCUGUUACUUGCAGACACACUAAGUUUUGUGGACCUUCAUGGAGAUCCCUUGCAUGGGUGCCGUGUCCCUGAAGUAUCUUUCAGCUUCUCAGUGGAAUCUGUAGGUGAGGUCUGCCACCAUCCUUUCUAGCAAUGAUUGACAGAACCAUCAUUGUGUGUCAUGGCUACUAUUUUACAAUUUAAUUUUAUAAUCUAUGGGUCUCUAUCGCAAUGUUCUAAUGCUGUGCCCACCAUGUGUUCUUUAUGGGUCUCUAUCGUGAUGUUCUCUUGCUGUGCCCACCAUGCAUUCCUUACAGCUAGCUAUUCUGCUGUGCCCACCAUGUGUUCCUUACAGUGCUCUAUUCUGCUGUGCCCACCAUGUGUUCAUUACAGCUCUCUAUCCUGCUGUGCCUACCAUGUGUUCCUUACAGCUCUCUAUCCCAAUGUUCUCCUGCUGUACCCACCACGUGUCCCUUACAGCUCUCUAUCCUGCUGUACCCACCACAUGUCCCUUACAGCUCUCUAUCCUGCUGUACCCACCAUGUGUUCCUUACAGCUCUCUAUCCCAAUGUUCUCCUGCUGUACCCACGUGUCCCUUACAGCUCUCUAUCCUGCUGUACCCACCGCGUGUCCCUUACAGCUCUCUAUCCUGCUGUACCCACAACAUGUCCCUUACAGCUCUCUAUCCUGCUGUACCCACCAUGUGUUCCUUACAGCUCUCUAUCCCAAUGUUCUCCUGCUGUACCCACCAUGUGUCCCUUACAGCUCUCUAUCCUGCUGUACCCACCACGUGUCCCUUACAGCUGUCUAUCCUGCUGUACCCACCACGUGUCCCUUACAGCUCUCUAUCCUGCUGUGCCCACCAUGUGUUCCUUACAGCUCUCUAUCCCAAUGUUCUCCUGCUGUACCCACCAUGUGUCCCUUACAGCUCUCUAUCCUGCUGUACCCACCACGUGUCCCUUACAGCUGUCUAUCCUGCUGUACCCACCACGUGUCCCUUACAGCUCUCUAUCCUGCUGUGCCCACCAUGUGUUCCUUACAGCUCUCUAUCCCAAUGUUCACCUGCUGUACCCACCACGUGUCCCUUACAGCUCUCUAUCCUGCUGUACCCACCACGUGUCCCUUACAGCUCUCUAUACUGCUGUACCCACCACGUGUCCCUUACAGCUCUCUAUCCUGCUGUACCCACCAUGUGUUCCUUACAGCUCUCUAUUCCGAUGUUCUCCUGCUGUACCAUAUAUUUCUUACAGGUCUAAGUUCGAUGGUCUCCUGUUGUGCCCACUGUAUAUUAUUUAUAGAUCUCUAUCCUGAUGUUCUCCAGUGAGCCUACACAGCUGCAUGUUCCGAUGAUAUUGCAAAGAGGGAUUAGGCCAGUCUUAUCAUUUGUGCUUUGUCUAAAUGGUUUAUUUUCAGAAAAUCAUCAUAGUCAUAUUUGUUUUCCAGCUAUUUAUGGAGACAGAAUAAUUGUCUUCCGCAACAAAGGCUACCAGGAGUUGGAUAUGUGGUCUGCAGAGGUGAGAUUGAUAUGUAUAUUGCAUGUACAUGUCCCUAUUCAAUAAGGCACCAAAUUGCAGGAGCGUGAAACUGAAGUCACGCUAACCAGCCAACCUGUGACUGUAGUCAAGGUGUAGAUUGUGUCCAUUUAGCUACUUUUUUGUCCACAUUAUGAAUUCGAUUUCCAGUUAACUACAGUUUGUAGGAUUUCAAAGAAAUUAUUAGUUAGGAAAGUAUAUUGGUGUUUUUCUUAAUGUGUUAUAGAAUUCUAAUAUACAGUUUGAAAUGUUCCAAUACACCGAAAUCAAUAAAGCGUCUCUUCUCCCUUGAUCAGGUAGUAACUGAAUGCUGCGAUCGAUCUUUCCGCCUCUUAUCUUCAGACAGGUAAACAUCGGCCAGUGCCCAGUCACCUGUCUGUCUCCUCACUAUGGACAGUAUGCUCUCACCUGUCUAUCUCCUCAUUAUGGACAGUGCGCUCUCACGCCUGUAUGUCUCCUAACUUUGGACAGUCCGCUCUCACCUGUCUGUCUCUUCUCAUCAAACAGUGCGCUCUCAUCUGUCUGUCUCCUCAAAUUGGACAGUACUUCUCUGUCUCUCUCUCGCUCCAUACUGGACCAUGUGAUUGAUUCUCUCUUUCUCUCUCCAUACUGGACAGUGUGAUUCUCUCUCUUUCUCUUUUUCCCCCAGCAGUGUGAUUAUUCUUGAAGCAUCGAAGGCCGUCCAUCACAGUACAACCAACCUGUACAUUCAGGACUGCUGAUGUGUGGUCCAGCUUGUGUCUGGGACCAUGGGUAGUAGUUUUAACCCUGUGACAUGUAAACCUCCAAUGGGAUUUAUAGCUGAUCUCUGUGAGUUUUGGGUCAGUUUGGAGGGAGGUGUUCUGCACGUUCCUGUCUCUGGGCCGUAGGAGACACUCUGUAUACAGUAAAACAUUUCAUGCACUAUUACCCCAAGCGCCUGGUCAUUUUUACAACAGAUCCAUGGACAAAAAAAUGUAUCUACCUGAUACCAUGGAAUUAAAUAAUCCGCAUUAAUUGGU